AUGCGUUGGAGGGGGAGAAGAAGGACCUGCAGACUCAUGUGGAGAGCCUGGAACUGCAGGGGAAACAGCUGGAGCUCAAGACCAAGAACUACUCUGACCAGAGUGAGUAUAGACUACUGUUACUGCUCAGAACUAGAACUACUCUGACCAGAGUAAGUAUUAGGGUGUUUUCACAUUUGGUCCCUUUCUGACAAUUUUUGUGAACUCAGUGCAGUUCACUUAAUUUUUUGCCCAGUGUGAACACUCAAAAGGAACUCAGACCCCUCAAAAGGGACCCUAAAGCGAACCGAACUCGAGAGGUGGUCAGUUCGGUUCACUUGAAUUCCUCGGUCCAGUUCCCUUUUUUAGGGCAAUGUGAACAGAAAGCUACCCAGGUUCGCUUGUCAUUAUUCCCGCACCACAUACUAGAAUACUGCAACACCGUUUCCCCUGCCAUAACCCCUCACAUUGGUGACACAAAAGAGAGAAGAUGAUUAUCUGCCGUUUCGCAUAAUUUUUUGUGUGUUUUUAGUUCUGAUUAUAUGUUUGCAAUAUGUGAUCUAUAAAGAGAUAUAUAAAGAGAGCUUCAUAACCUGUUUAUUCGUUUGUGGGGUUUGAAUAGUGUGAGAAGACAACAAUAUAUUUGGUGAGAAUCACAACAUAGUGUACAAAAUCAAUUCUAGCUCUUAAAGGGGCAGUAGCCUACAUUGGGUGUACAAUUUUCAAUUACAGCAUUAUUUAAUCUGCAGUUAUUGAUGUGCUAUUUAUUCUGUUACCAAUAAUAUUUACAUGUUAAUAGUAUCUUCUGAUUAUAAUUAUUAUAUCUCAUCUUUUAACUAAAUGCAAUCUAUUAGCUUCCAAAAUAUACGUAUAUAUAAAUAGCUGUAUGAUAACACGUUCUGAUGGAAUGGCUUGUCCUGCACUUUGUAAAAACCCAGAGUGCAUUGAGUGAAUGUUGGGAAAAUAUCUUGGUUCCUUUCUAAACAUAGCAAUGUGAAUGCAAAGAAGACUCGGACCACAAAAUAGGUGAAUUGAACUGGCAAAAGAGUUGAGUCCUCAUUCAAAGUCAAGGGCAGUGUGAAUACAAAGAGAACUGAGUUAUUUUUUAUUUUUCUUACCCCAGAGUUCACAUAAGAGGACUGAGAUCGGUUCUUUUAAAGGGGACUAUUUGUGAAAACACCUUUAGACUUAAUAACUAGAACUACUCCGACUAGAGUGAGUAUAAAACUAUAAUAACCAGAACUACUUCGAUCAGAUUGAGUAUAGAACUAUAAUAACUAGAACUACUCCGACCAGAGUGAGUAUAGAACUAUAAUAUCUACAACUACUCUGACCAGACUGAGUAUAGACUUAAUAACUAGAAGUACUCUGACAAUUUGAUUUCGACAAUGCCAUUUGCCCACAACAUGGGAUAAACAGCUGCAGGUGAUUGCGCAGUAUCUAAUGGCAUAUACAGUGAGACAGAUAUGCCCAGCAGUGCGAUGGAUCAGACUUUGUUUACUUAAGACAACACAUCGAUUCUGCAUGUGUUUUUCUGUUGCUCAUCAGUCUUUAAUAACUAGAACUACUCUGACCAGAGUGAGUAUAGAACUAUAAUAACCAGAACUACUUCGACCAGAGUGAGUAGUACCUCAGUACUAAAACACUGUGUACUACUACUCAGAGCUAGAACUACUCCGACCAGAGUGAGUAGUACCUCAGUACUAAAACACUGUGUACUACUACUCAGAGCUAGAACUACUCUGACCAGAGUGAGUAGUACCUCCGUACUAAAACACUGUGUACUACUACUCAGAGCUAGAACUACUUCGACCAGAGUGAGUAGUACCUCAGUACUAAAACACUGUGUACUACUACUCAGAGCUAGAACUACUUCGACCAGAGUGAGUGUGUACUUCUCAAAACUAGCACACUGCAAGUGUGCAAUAAUCAGAACUAGCACAACUCAGAAUUAGCACACUGUGAGUCUUCACUACUCAGAACUACCACACACACUGUGAGUCUGCAUUACUCAUAACUAGCACAAUGUGACGGUGCACUAUUGACAGCCAAGCACAAAGUGUAUAGCCUAGCACACAGUGACUGAGCACUAUUGUCUACCUACCAUACAGUGUGGAGGACUACACAUAGCCUGCUAGCACACAGUGGUUGUGCACCAUGAAGAGCUUCGUAUGCAAUAUACAAGGACACAGUAUAGCCUGUUUUACACUAACCCACCAUGCCCGGAUGAGUCAGUGCAUGUUCUGUGGUUAAUAUGGCUUAAUAGGGUUUUAGUGCCUCUGACAGCAAACAGACUCACAUAUUCAAUCAAUCAAUCAGUCAAAUGUAUUUAUAAAGCCCUUUUUACAUCAGCAGAUGUCACAAAGUGCUAUACAGAAACCCAGCCUAAAACCCCAAACAGCAAGCAAUGCAGAUGUAGAAGCACGGUGGCUAGGAAAAACUCCCUAGAAAGGCAAGAACCUACGAAGAAACUAGCCAGUCCUCUUCUGGCUGUGCCGGGUGGAGAUUAUAAGAGUACAUGGCCAUUUAACAUUUACAUUUUAGUCAUUUAGCAGACGCUCUUAUCCAGAGCAACUUACAUGAGCAAUUAGGGUUAAGUGCCUUGCUCAAGGGCACAUCGACUGAUUUUUCACCUAGUCGGCUCGGGGAUUAGAACCAGCGACCUUUCGGUUACUGGCACAACGGUCUUAACCACUAAGCUACCUGCCGCCCAGAUUGACCAGAUUGUUCUUCAAGAUGUUCAAACGUUCAUAGAUGACCAGCAGGGUCAAAUAAUCACAGUGGUUGUAGAGGGUGCAACAGGUCGGAACCUCAGGAGUAAAUGUCAGUUGGCUUUUCAUAGCCGAGCAUUCAGAGGUCGAGACAGCAGGUGCGGUAGAGAGAGAGAGCAAGUCGAAAACAACAGGUCCGGGACAAGGUACCACGUCCGGUAAACAGGUCAGAGUUCCCUAGCCGCAGGCAGAACAAUUGAAACUGGAACAGCAGCACGACCAGGUGGACUGGGGACAGCCAGAAAUCAUCAGGCCAGGUAGUCCUGAGGUAUGAUCCUAGGGCUCAGGUCCUCUGGGAGGGGAGGGAGAGAGGGAGAGAGAGAGAAUUAGAGGGAGUAUACUUAAAUUCACACAGGACACCAGAUAAGACAGGAGAAUUACACCAGAUAUAAUAGCCUGACCCUAGCCCCCACAGCACAUAGACUAUUGCAGCAUAGAUACUGGAGACUGAGACAGGGGUGGGUCGGGGGACACUGUGGCCCCGUCCGACGAUACCCCCGGAUAGGAUAUAACCCCACCAACUUUGCCAAAGCACAGCCCCCACACCACUAGAGGGAUAUCAACAGAUCACCAACUUACUACCCUGAGACAAGGCUGAGUAUAGCCCACGAAGAUCUCCUCCACCGCACGAGCCAGAGGGGGCACAAAACAGGACAGGAAGAUCAUGUCUGUGACUCAACCCACUCAAGUGACGCACCCCUCCUAGGGACGGCAUGGAAGAGCACUAGUAAGCCAGUGACUCAGCCCCCGUAAUAGGGUUAGAGGCAGAGAAUCACAGUGGAGAGAGGGGAGCCGGCCAGGCAGAGACAGCAAGGGCAGUUUGUCGCUCCAGUGCCUUGCCGUUCACCUUCGUACCCCUGGGCCAGACGACACUCAAUUAUAGGACCUACUGAAGAGAUGAGUCUUCAGUAAAGACUUAAAGGUCGAGACUGAGUCUGCGUCUCUCACAUGGAUAGGCAGACCAUCAAUCGAGGAGGAAACGGGCCUGCUACCAUUUAGUGUUUCAAAGCAGACCAGCUUUAAAUGGAGAGCACCAUCACACUAUCCACAGUCCAAUAUGGAGCCAUGUCCAGCAAGCCCUGGACUAAUAGGCACUUUCAAUGGAGAAUCUCAUUUGAACAGGUUUUUUGUCCAAGAUCUGAAACCACAGUGUUGUUGCAAUGGGAGGCUGGUUGACUCUGAUUCUGUUUAUCUGGGUUUCAGUCACUCGUCUGGAGGAGCGUGAGUCAGACAUGAAGAAGGAGUACAACGCUUUACACCAGCGACACACAGAGGUAGGAACAGCCAUGUGUGUGUGUGUGUUUGCGUGUGUGUGUGCAUGCUUGAGAGAGUUUAGUAUCUGACUCCAUACUAGCUGCUAGGUUUGUACUUGAUGUUGUUUGCCUGGUACAAUAGAACCAAGUCAAUGGAAUUACAUCCAUCUUCCUCACUCAUCCUCUCUCUUCCUGUCAGAUGAUUCAAACAUACGUGGAGCAUAUUGAGAGGUCCAAGAUGCAACAGGCAGGGAACAACAGCCAGUCAGAAGGACCAGGCAGUGGACGCACGUGAGUGGCUGACUUUUUUAACAUUUUCAUCAGAAAACGUUAUUAUCCCCCAGUGAGGAAAUCCGUUGAGCAGCAUACAGACAAAACAAUACAGUUCAUACAACAACAUAGACAUAAAAUAAUAUAGAUAGUUGUGACCUUUCUGGAAAGUGUGGGUGGGUGCGUGUGUGGGUGGGCAUGUGUGUGCAGGGGGAAGAGUAUGUAUCCUGUAGUAAAAAUGUAUCCUGGCAUAGCUUAGUAGUAGCAACUAUGCUGAGGUAAUGUUCUGUGCUUUGUUUUGUUUGGAAUAAGUGUGCUAGGGUAUAGUGUUCUGUGUUUAGUGUGCGGUAGUUGUGUUGUGCUGCUGUGUGUUAGCCCGUGUUAGAUUGUCUUGUGACACGUGAUGUAGUGGUAAAAGCUGAUCGCCGUUUGUGGUGAGUAAAGUUACGCUCCCUAUACUUUCAAAACCUUUAUUCCACAAAAGGUGGGUAAAUGCUUGUGCAAAAUAAUAUAUGUCAGUAAACAACAUUUAUGUGUGUUUACCCUCCACUACACCACUUGUUGUGACCUGUUGUACCAUGGGUUUGUCCUCACUCUAAUCACCAUAUGUCUGUCUCGUUGUUUCACUCUGUGCUCGUGCUGCUGUGCUGCACAGUCAACGCCACGUGUGGAGGAAAAGGUAAAUCACUACCCGCAAAAACCUCUUUGCCUCUUCCCCCCCCAUCCCUGUCCCCUCAAUCCCAAUCUCAUUUAGUGUUUGUCAGUCUUGGUCCUGGGUAUAUGACCUGGGUUCAAAUACUUGAAAAAUAAUGUAAUUAAACUUACUCAGGGGUUUUGCUUGAGUAUUUUGGGGACUUUUCUAUUGGUUUAUUAAGCCAGGCAAGCUGAACCAGGCUCAGAUACAGUAUUUAUUUCACUAGUACUGAGCGAUUAGGGAUUUUUGAGGUCGGUUUCGGUUCUAUUACUUAUAUAUUUUUUUACAUUAAAUGCAUUAUGAAAUAAUGACAUUAAAAUUAUUAGAGCUUUUUAAUGGUAAUGCCAAAGCCAAAAAUAGUGAACAUUCAAUUGCCAAAACACUGGAAAUAUUCCAUUGUCUCUAUAAUAGAGAAUUGCUAUUAAAUAAUAAAAUAUUUCAGUUGUGUAUAUUACUUAGUUUUAUUUGAUGAUUUUAUCAUUUUUAAUUCAUUAAAGUCAGCAUCUCAAUUUAUCUCUGCUCAGGCAGUAGCAGCCCUCCAGACAACCAUCUAAUGUUAUUUCUGUUCUCCCCAUACUGUACUGUCUUUAGUCAUCCUAUUUAGCUAGGCUAGCCUGCCUAAGUAUGCUGCAGAGCUGUCUGACGAAGUCAUUUUACUAGUUCUUUAAAGUAGAUAAGGCACACUUUCACGAAUUCUCUAUCCCUCUCUCUCGUCAUUGUGUUGUUGUAUCCUCUCUCAUGCGGUGGCGUAUACGGUCUGUGUGUAUAUAACCUAAUGUAGCAGGCGUAAAAAUGAAUCGGAGCCUGAAAAGAACAGGCGCAAUGGAUUAUGGUCAUUUUAAUUAAUUACCACGUUUCUGAGCUGAACUAGGUUGAAUAUUUGUUUAAUGAAAACUACAACUACCUUCAGCCCAGCAUACCAUAUAGUUCUUGACUUAAUUUCUCUCGUGAAUGAUUUGAUUUCUCUCUAGCGAAACGCCGCGUUGGACUAACAAAAAAACAAAAGGCUUUUGCUCCUGCCCAGCACUAACACACCUGAUUCAACUAAUGGGGGGCUUGUUGAUUAGUUGAAUCAGGACUGCAGACCCUGUUGUUCCCAGGACUAGGACUGACGAUCACUGCUCUCCCUGGCUCCAUUGACCAACCAGCCUCUCCUUGGACUAUAAAUUCCCCUGCCCCCAGUAUGUCCCAAUAUGGAAUGGCCCAGAGUUCGUGCCUUUGUCCUUUACCUUCUCCUCUAUCACCCACUGUUUAUGGUCUGUCACGCAAUUCGGUUCGGUUAGUUUAGGCAGUCGUCCUGAUGAGCCCUUCCAAGCUAGCUAAUUUAUGCCUGUGGCUAGAAACUUCAGCGAGAAUUUGAAACUUGUCUGCCGAAGUCAGGACCUGGGAGAGUAUUCAGAAUCAUUAUGUUUUUAUCGGAGUAAUUGUUCUUUUUUUAAAUGUAGACAUUAAUGGCGUAGUUGUACAUUUUCUGUCACCCAGGCCUGAUAUUGGCAACACUAGCUAGCUACUUCCCACUCCUUACUGCGGGACAGCAGUGCUCGGCAAGUGGGAGCAAAGGACACUGUGCCCCGUGUUCAAUUCAUUUAUAUUUAGAAGGUUUUGUUAUGUGUUAACAAACCUUUUUAAUUUUUGUACUUAUGUAUUGUAUAUUGUUUUUUGUGGUGUGGUUUUCAUAUAAGCCCUUGGGCUUCCAGCCACACCUGCACACCGUUUUUUUGUUUUUAUCUGUAUUGUUGUCUAUCACUUGUUUUCUUUGGUGCAAAUCAAAUGAAAAAGUUUUUGCUGGCAAACUCACCAUUGAGCAAUAGACUGUAUCACGGUGACAUCCAUAUGGUUACUACCAAUUUUACACAUUAUUUUUCGUGUAGGCUGUUAUCCUACUCAAAAUAAAAUCAAUUGGGAUGGAACAAAUUGGCCAGGUUAGCAACCGUCGGCGACAUGUGAUACAGCUGCCCUGUGGGAAGCAACUCAUGUCGGCAAAACUCGAUACAACACCGUUGCACUGGUCAUUUGCACCGGCUUGUUGUAACGUUAGCUAAUUGGCAUGUCACGGUGAUAUUCAGGUGGUGACGAAUGCUACAAGUUAUUUCUACGUCGCCCAUCGAAAUAAACAACACUGUUGCCAGCUAGCCAGCAUAAACUUGAUGGCUCGGAAGGGCUCAUCAUGACUGAACCGAAUCUGCUCAUCUCCACUUUACUCUCAGCUGCGCGACAUACAGUACGUCAUCAAUUUCUGCAGCAGGCCUGUGGGUAUAGCCUCUCCCGUUUCUCCAUAAUGUGGAUAUAUUGUGUCGUAUUAGGUCGGUCUGGUUGAGUGUCAGUCUGUCCAGUAGCUGGCUUUGUGUGUUUGUGCUUAAUUCAAGGGAUUUUCAGUUUUAUGUUAUGCGGUCCCCAAAGUUAGCUUUCACCUCUCCAGAUACAUAAUGUACAGUACAUUAUCUCCCUCCCUCUCUCUCCCACCUCUCUCUGCCCCUCUCCUCUCUCUUCCCCCUCACCUCUUUCUCUCUCUCUCUCUCUCUCUUUCGUUCUCAUUUUCCUUUUCUUCUCUCCAUCAAACCUUUCCUCUUCCCCCUUUGUUUUGUGCCCCCCCCCCCCUUCUCUUCCUCUCCCCCUCUCUCAUCCCUCCCCCUCUUUUUUCCCCCAGCAGCAAAGUGGAGCGUCCCCCGUCGUUGAGCCUGUACCCCAGUGGAGAGGGCAUGGGGAUGGUACGUGGGGGUCUCGGGGGGGAUAGGAUGAUAAUGCCUGGGUCUGGGACCGACGUUUGGCAGGUCAGCGAGCUCAGCCAAUUCCACUACACCUCUGGCUACCAGGUGUGAUAGAGGCUCCGUCCCAAAUGGCACCCUAUUCCCUUUAUAGUCCACCAAUUUUGACCAGAGCACUAUGGGCCCUGGUCAAAAGUAGUGCACUAUAAAGGGAAUAGGUUGUCAUUUGGGACGUAGCCAGACACUCCCCCUGGACCUCACGUCUGCAGAACACGUCAUGCCUUAUGUCAUGCCACACCCACCACCACCACCGUCAUUCAGAAUCAUCCAGACACAUCUCUCACGCUUGUUUGUGUCCCUUGUCUUCCAAGGGCUUUUCUUUGUGGUGUUUGUUGAUUGGUUUUAAAGGCAGUGAGUAUAAUGAAGACAUGACAGUGUAUGAACAGAUAUGAUGAAUACAUAAUAGAACAUAACUUAGCUUCUAUCAUCCCGUUUGCACCUGUCUUCACAUCCCGUUUCACAUGUACAGUACCAAUAAAAAGUUUGGACACACCUACUCAUUCAAGGGUUUUUCUUUAUUUUGACUAUUUUCUACAUUGUAGAAUAAUAGUGAACACAUCACAACUAUGAAAUAACACAUAUGGAAUCAUGUAGUAAGCAAAACAGUGUUAAACAAAUCAAAAUAUAUUUUAUUUAUAUUUGAGAUUCUUCAAAUAGCCACCCUUUGCCUUGAUGACAGCUUUGCACACUCUUGGCAUUCUCUCAACCAGCUUCACCUGGAAUGCUUUUCCAACAGUCUUGAAGGAGUUCCCACAUAUGCUGAGCACUUGUUGGCUGCUUUUCCUUCACUCUGCCGUCUGACUCAUCCCAAACCAUCUCAAUUGGGUUGAGGUUGGGGGAUUGUGGAGGCCAGGUCAUCUGAUGCAGCACUCCAUCACUCUCCUUCUUGGUAAAAUAGCCCUUACACAGCCUGGAGGUGUGUUAGGUCAUUGUCCUGUUGAAAAACAAAUGAUAGUCCCACUAAGCCCAAACCAGAUGGGAUGGCGUAUCACUGCAGAAUGCUGUGGUAGCCAUGCUGGUUAUGUGUGCCUUGCAUUCUAAAUAAAUCACAGACAGUGUCACAAGCAAAGCACCCCCACACCAUAACACCUCCUCCUCCAUGCUUUACGGUGGGAAAUACACAUGCGGAGAUCAUCCGUUCACCCACACCGCGUCUCACAAAGACAUGGCGGUUGGAACCAAAAAUCUCCAAUUUGGACUCCAGACCAAAGGACACAUUUCCACAGGUCUAAUGUCCAUUGCUCGUAUUUCUUGGCCCAAGCAAGUCUCUUCUUCUUAUUGGUGUCCUUUAAUAGUGGUUUCUUUGCAGCAAUACGACCAUGAAGGCCUGAUUCACACAGUCUCUUCUGAACAGUUGAUGUUGAGAUGUGUCUGUUACUUGAACUCUGUGAAGCAUUUAUUUGGGCUGCAAUUUCUGAGACUGGUAACUCUAAUGAACGUAUCCUCUGCAGCAGAGGUAACUCUGGGUUUUCCAUUCCUGUGGCGGUCCUCAUGAGAGCCAGUUUCAUCAUAGCGCUUGAUGGUUUUUGCGACUGCACUUGAAGAAACUUUCAAAGUUCUUGAAAUGUUCCGUAUCGACUGACCUUCUUGUCUUAAAGUAAUGAUGGACUGUUGUUUCUCUUUGCUUAUUUGAGCUGGUCUUGCCAUAUUAUGGACUUGGUCUUUUACCAAAUAGGGCAAUCUUCUGUAUACCCCCCCUACCUUGUCACAACACAACUGAUUGGCUCAAACGCAUUAAGAAAUAAAUACAUUCCACAAAUUAACUUUUAAGAAGGCACACCUGUUAAUUGAAAUGCAUUCCAGGUGACUAUCUCAUGAAGGUGGUUGAGAGAAUGCCAAGAGUGUGCAAAGCUGUCAUCAAGGAAAAGGGUGGCUAUUUGAAGAAUCUCAAAUAUAAAAUAUAUUUUGAUUUGUUUAACACUUUUUUUGGUUACUACAUGAUUCCAUAUGUGUUAUUUAAUAGUUUUGAUGUCUUCACUAUUAUUCUACAAUGUAAAAAAAUUGCAAAUAUUAAGAAAAACCCUUGAAUGAGUAGGUGUGUCCAAACUUUUGACUGGUAGUGUAAGUGUGAUGCUUUGUUACUAAGUGUACGCGCAAGAUUGUAAGUAUAAGCAAGAUCUUGAAGAUUGCAACGAGCCUUGCAAGAGAAGAACCCUGGCUUCCCUAUUCUCCACCCUUCAGACUAAAUGUGCACUUGCACACUCUCCGUCAUUGAUUUAAAAGCAUUGGCUUGGUGCAAACAUUGUCUGGAGGGAGUUUCCACCAUUGUUAAAUCCAUGAAGGGAAGUGUGCAAGUGUACACUUUGGGAGAAGGGUGGAGAAUCGGGAUGCAGCCCCUCUUUAACAAUGUAGCCCCUUGACCUCUUUAACCCCUGACCUCUGACGCCCCAGGAGGAUGGUUCCGAGUCGGAUUCGGUGGCGGCCACGCCCAGUAGCACAGGAAGUAAGUCCAACACGCCCACUUCCUCUGUCCCUUCCGCCACCGUCACGCCCCUCAACGAGGGCUUCCUCCCGCCCGGCGAGUUCGACCCAAUGCAUGCUGUAAGCCGUGGCAGGAAGAGUGCCAAACGCCUCAGCAGAAACAUGGAGGUGCAAGUCUCUCAGGAAACCAGGAACGUCAGCAUCGGUGAGUGUAACAUGCAGUUUCACACACACAUACACACACUCGCGCACAUACACACACGUUAGCAUGAGUGGAUCAUUGUGUGAUCAGGGCCUGUAUUCAUUAAGUCCCUCAGAGAAGGAGUGCUGAUCUAGGAUCAGGUCACCCCCUGUCCAUGUAAUCUUUACCAUUAUGAUCGAAAAGGAAAAACUUAUCCUAGAUGAUCACUCCUAUUCUGAGAUGCUUUGUGAAUAUGGUAUUGAGUGUGUAUGAUAUUCUAUAUAUGUACUCAGGUAUGGGUAGCAGUGACGAGUGGUCUGAAUUCCAAGAGAUCAUCGAUUCCACCCCGGAGCUGGAUAUGUGUGUGGACCCCCGUCUCUAUGGUGGAGGAAACAGGUAACACACACACACACACACACACACACACACACACACACACACACACACACACACACACACACACACACACAGCAAUUAUUACGUAUCAGUGUGUGUGUCAGUCCUUCCCAGGGCAUCGUGAACGAGGCGUUCGGUAUCAACACCGACUCUCUCUACCACGAGAUCAAGGAUGCCAAGUCUGACAUCAUCGGGGACGUGGACGCCGGGGCGGAGCUUCUAGGUAAGCCGGUCAGAGGAGCAUUGGGUGGGGUAUAUGCAAAUGAGCUAUUGGAAGGCAGCGUAGGCCAGUCUCUGGUUGUGUUCCAGGCUGUCUACAUUGCAGACGUUGCAUUGCAUUAACCAAUGGUUGUGUGCCAUGUCAUCGACUGCACAGUCGGGUGUCAGAUUGCUAUUUCAAAUGAUGUGGUUAGCUGAUAUGUUAAACACCUAUCCAGCUUUGUGAGUUCUGGCAUGCGUCUGAAAUGUAGUCAUCCUGGAACCCAACCUCUGUCUGCACUAAGCAGAAAGUAAUUGGGAAUGUAAGCUGCGGUGCUUAGUACUAAGCUAGUGGGUGCCUCAAACACCUCAAAAAGAGCAAAUGGUUAUUUCUGUGAAAUAUGUUUUGCUUCUUUUUUUUGGUAUAAAUGUCACAAUUAAGCGCUAUGUUUUGAGGCUGUGUCACCGUUGCCAUAGCACUGGCUGGCUCUGAACUUUGACCCUGCACACAGCGGAAUGUUCACCACCACCCCACAUCCGCGGCAGCUCCCCCAUCCUCCACCGCACCGCAAAGCACCCUGGGAUAUCACUUGCACCAUGGCUGCAGUCCCCAUUGAUUUGAUAUAUUUUGAAGUUUGAUUUUACAGGGCAAGCUAAAUUAUUCUUGAUUUAGUCUUGGUUUACUUUUUGAGUUGACAGAGCUUCAUGAUUGAUUUAUUUCACUGCGAUCAUAUUAGUUUAUUGACCCGUGACCCUUCUAUGUGCUUCCUCUCUCCCUUCCUGUGUAUGCUGGACACGCCCCUAGGGGAGUUCUCAGGUGUGUAUCUGAACCCUCUCUUUCUCACACACACACAUACACAUCCCUGCCUCCCACCUUCCAAGACACACACGAAGUACCACUGUAUGCCUGUAGGCUUUACCCAAUGACACGAUGCUGGCAUUCCAGGCUACAACAGUUGUUUUAAAUGUUGAUCUAGUCCAGAUAUUGUCCAGAUAAUGCUCUCUUUGAUUGGUUGGUCGUAACGUUACAAAGCUCAACUGAACCCUGUGGUCAAUGAAGGUGAAUCUCUCUGUUUGUCGCUCCGAGUCUAAACUGACUACUAGUGUUCUCUGGUCUUGGACAGAUCCAAGCUCUCUUAUUGCUCUCUCAAGCUUUAGUAUAUAACAAGUGCUUAUCAGCAGUCUCUCUUCUCUCUCUCUUUUAUCUCACCCCAUCCCUCCUUCUCUCUCUCUCUCUCUCUGGUCUGUGCCCCCCUCCCUCUUUCUUUCUCCUCUCUCUCCCCGUUUCUCUUCCUCUCUCCCAGUCCGUGAUGAUUUUUUCGGUAAGGCUCCCUCUAGCCUUAUUCAGCAUCUCUGGCUGUUGCUCAUCCUCCCAUGUUGUUGUGUCUGUCUGUGAUGUCUCGUCUUUGCUGCGUUCCAUGUUGUGAUGCCAUUUCCUACCUGUUUCUCUGCUGUGAUGUCACUUCCUCCCAUUUCCUGUUGGCUUUUAUUUGAGUCUGGCAAGCUAUUUCUUCUUCUUUUGUAUUUGUUUUUCACCUUUAUUUAGAUUUUGAAUCCAUUGCUUUGUCCUCAUGUUGUUUGACACUGUGAAAGCACAUUCCACUUUUAUUUGAGCUUGUCACAGCAAACACAUCAUUAUUGUAUCUGUAUUUCUUUUGGGAAAUCUUUUGGGCUUUUCUUGGUUUCAUUUCAGCUUGCGGGAGUUGGCUUAAACAUCAUGAUUCUCCCCAAAACCUCUAAACCUUCAUACAUUACUGAUGUAGAAUUAAUCCAUAAAUAGCCCCAGAAUUCAUAUUCAAAGACGAUUAAUGUGUUCAUUAAAAAAAGUUAACUAAGUUUAUAGUUAAUGCACACUUGGAGAGUUCAUGAAGUGUUUAUAGAGCAAUAAAAUGAGUGUAGCCUGGUCCCAGGUCUGUUUGUGCUCUCUUGCCAACUGUUUGGCAAGACAAACAGCACAAACAGAUCUGGGACCAGGCUAGAAAGAGUGUUGUUAGUGUUAAUCAAUGCUAACACUAAUGCUAACUAAUACGUCACAGGUAUGGGCAAGGAGGUGGAAAAUCUGCUGACGGAGAACAAACAUCUUCUGGAGACCAAGUAAGUGUGUGUGUGUGUGCUGCUGGAUAUUAACGAUGGUUUGGUGCAAGAUAGAUUUACUAGAGGGGGCUGUUCUUUUGCAAGGGUUGAGUAAAAAUGCAAUUAUUUGGAUGAAUAGAGAGAGCACACACACACAGACAUGCAAGGAUGUGUGUGUGUAUGUGUGUUUGAGAGUGAUAGUAAGACACGGAGAGAAAAUGGGUUUUCCUUUUCUUUUAUUUAGUUUUGUCCGUUUUCUUUUGAGGCGGGGUUACAGGUACAAAAAAACAAUCAAAGAAAUGCAUACAAGAUAACCCCAACCCAUUCCCCCCCUCAGUCCCCAUCCACCUGCCCGCGUCCUCCCUCCCCACCUGGAAACCAUGCCCCCCCGCCCUCCCCCACAACAGGUUUUCCUUUUCCAGUUGAAAUGCCUUUCGAUUGGCACCCAAAUACUUUUGUUUAAUUAUUGAGUUAAGCAGUACAAUUAUUGAUUCCCAUUUCUCCCCAUGCAGAAAUGCUCUGAACAUCGUGAAGAACGACCUGAUAGCCAAAGUGGAUGAGCUCUCUGGGGAGCAUGAGGUGCUGAGAGAGGAACUGGAUGCCCUUAGGACCGCCAAGAACAAAGUAGAUGCAAAGGUUAAAGAACUGGAAGAAGAGCUGAAGAGGUGAGGGGUGGUGGGAGUGUGUGUGUGCGUGCGGGCAUAGUGUGUGUGACUUGUGACUCUUAUGACUCUUUGCCUCCUCAGGUUGAGAGCAGAGGCUCUGACUCUGGGAGCAUCUCAGGACUCCAAGGAUGAAGGAGGAGAAGAUGUGAGUAAAACAAACAAACAAAUAAACAUUUAGUCAUAUAGCAGACACUCUUAUCCAGAGUGACUUACAGUUAGUGCAUUAGUAUCUAGAUACAACAACCACAUAUCACAGUCAUAGAGUCAUAAGCUAGGUUUCCAUCCAAUUGGCAACUGAUUUUCAUGCAAAUAUUCUAAAAUGUGUUUCCAUCAGAGAUGUGUUUCCAUCAAAUUGACUUGUUGCGGAUAAAAGGCUGUGCGUGGUGACUUAGUGCACAUUUAAAAAAACUUUGCGGUUAAAUUCCCACGUACCGAAUAAAAAUACAAUUUAAAUGGGUUUCCAUCGCAUGUUCAACUCUACCGAUGGUUUUGUCACAAAACAUUUUUUGUUAUACAGUGAGGGAAAAAAGUAUUUGAUCCCCUGCUGAUUUUGUACGUUUGCCCACUGACAAAGACAUGAUCAGUCUAUAAUUUUAAUGGUAGGUUUAUUUGAACAGUGAGAGACAGAAUAACAACCAAUCCAGAAAAACACAAGUCAAAAAUGUUAUACAUUUAUUUGCAUUUUAAUGAGGGAAAUACAGUGGGGGAAAAAAGUAUUUAGUCAGCCACCAAUUGUGCAAGUUCUCCCACUUAAAAAGAUGAGAGAGGCCUGUAAUUUUCAUCAUAGGUACACGUCAACUAUGACAGACAAAUUGAGGAAAACAAUUCCAGAAAAUCACAUUGUAGGAUUUUUAAUGAAUUUAUUUGCAAAUUAUGGUGGAAAAUAAGUAUUUGGUCACCUACAAACAAGCAAGAUUUCUGGCUCUCACAGACCUGUAACUUCUUCUUUAAGAGGCUCCUCUGUCCUCCACUCGUUACCUGUAUUAAUGGCACCUGUUUGAACUUGUUAUCAGUAUAAAAGACACCUGUCCACAACCUCAAACAGUCACACUCCAAACUCCACUAUGGCCAAGACCAAAGAGCUGUCAAAGGACACCAGAAACAAAAUUGUAGACCUGCACCAGGCUGGGAAGACUGAAUCUGCAAUAGGUAAGCAGCUUGGUUUGAAGAAAUCAACUGUGGGAGCGAUUAUUAGGAAAUGGAAGACAUACAAGACCACUGAUAAUCUCCCUCGAUCUGGGGCUCCACGCAAGAUCUCACCCCGUGGGGUCAAAAUGAUCACAAGAACGGUGAGCAAAAAUCCCAGAACCACACGGGGGGACCUAGUGAAUGACCUGCAGAGAGCUGGGACCAAAGUAACAAAGCCUACCAUCAGUAACACACUACGCUGCCAGGGACUCAAAUCCUGCAGUGCCAGACCUGUCCCCCUGCUUAAGCCAGUACAUGUCCAGGCCCGUCUGAAGUUUGCUAGAGUGCAUUUGGAUGAUCCAGAAGAGGAUUGGGAGAAUGUCAUAUGGUCAGAUGAAACCAAAAUAGAACGUUUUGGUAAAAACUCAACUCGUCGUGUUUGGAGGACAAAGAAUGCUGAGUUGCAUCCAAAGAACACCAUACCUACUGUGAAGCAUGGGGGUGGAAACAUCAUGCUUUGGGGCUGUUUUUCUGCAAAGGGACCUGGACGACUGAUCCGUGUAAAGGAAAGAAUGAAUGGGGCCAUGUAUCGUGAGAUUUUGAGUGAAAACCUCCUUCCAUCAGCAGGAGCAUUGAAGAUGAAACGUGGCUGGGUCUUUCAGCAUGACAAUGAUCCCAAACACACCGCCCGGGCAACGAAGGAGUGGCUUCAUAAGAAACAUUUCAAGGUCCUGGAGUGGCCUAGCCAGUCUCCAGAUCUCAACCCCAUAGAAAAUCUUUGGAGGGAGUUGAAAGUCUGUGUUGCCCAGCGACAGCCCCAAAACAUCACUGCUCUAGAGGAGAUCUGCAUGGAGGAAUGGGCCAAAAUACCAGCAACAGUGUGUGAAAACCUUGUGAAGACUUACAGAAAACGUUUGACCUGUGUCAUUGCCAACAAAGGGUAUAUAACAAAGUAUUGAGAAACUUUUGUUAUUGACCAAAUACUUAUUUUCCACCAUAAUUUGCAAAUAAAUUCAUUAAAAAUCCUACAAUGUGAUUUUCUGGAUUUUUUUUUCUCAUUUUGUCUGUCAUAGUUGACGUGUACCUAUGAUGAAAAUUACAGGCCUCUCUCAUCUUUUUAAGUGGGAGAACUUGCACAAUUGGUGGCUGACUAAAUACUUUUUUCCCCACUGUAAGUAUUUGACCCGUCUGCAAAAUAUGACUUAGUACUUGGUGGCAAAACCCUUGUUGGCAAUUACAGAGGUCAGACGUUUCUUGUAGUUGGCCACCAGGUUUGCACACAUCUCAGGAGGGAUUUUGUCCCACUCCUCUUUGCAGAUCUUCUCCAAGUCAUUAAGGUUUCGAGCCUGACGUUUGGCAACUCGAACCUUCAGCUCCCUCCACAGAUUUUCUAUGGGAUUAAGGUCUGGAGACUGGCUAGGCCACUCCAGGACCUUUAUGUGCUUCUUCUUGAGCCACUCCUUUGUUGCCUUGGCCGUGUGUUUUGGGUCAUUGACAUGCUGGAAUACCCAUCCACGACCCAUUUUCAAUGCCCUGGCUGAGGGAAGGAGGUUCUCACCCAAGAUUUGACGGUACAUGGCCCCGUCCAUCGUCCCUUUGAUGCGGUGAAGUUGUCCUGUCCCCUUAGCAGUCCUUCACGGCGUAAUGUGUUACCAAUUGUUUUCUUGGUGACUAUGGUCCCAGCUGCCUUGAGAUCAUUGACAAGAUCCUCCCGUGUAGUUCUGGGCUGAUUCCUCACCGUUCUCAUGAUCAUUGCAACUCCACGAGGUGAGAUCUUGCAUGGAACCCCAGGCCGAGGGAGAUUGACAGUUCUUUUGUGUUUCUUCCAUUUGCGAAUAAUCGCACCAACUGUUGUCACCUUCUCACCAAGCUGCUUGGCGAUGGUCUUGUAGCCCAUUCCAGCCUUGUGUAGGUCUACAAUCUUGUCCCUGACAUCCUUGGAGAGCUCUUUGGUCUUGGCCAUGGUGGAGAGUUUGGAAUCUGAUUGAUUGAUUGCUUCUAUGGACAGGUGUCUUUUAUACAGGUAACAAGCUAAGAUUAGGAGCACUCCCUUUAAGAGUGUGCUCCUAAUCUCAGCUCGUUACCUGUAUAAAAGACACCUGGGAGCCAGAAAUCUUUCUGAUUGAGAGGGGGUGAAAUACUUAUUUACCUCAUUAAAAUGCAAAUCAAUUUAUAACAUUUUUGACAUUCAUUUUUCAGGAUUUUGUUGUUGAUAUUCUGUCUCUCACUGUUCAAAUAAACCUACCAUUAAAAUUAUAGACUGAUCAUUUCUUUGUCAGUGGGCAAACGUACAAAAUCAGCAGGGGAUCAAAUACUUUUUUCCCUCACUGUAUAGCGAAUGUGCCCACUCUGGUCUUGGCACAUGCGUUCUAGCCAAUACCUCACAGAUACAGUCCGUGAAUAGCCUACUACAUGAUGAGAUUAUUAUGGACAAAAGAGCGAUAUUGUUUUUACUUGUCAAACAGCAGCCAAGCAUCGAUCAUCAUGUCACCAGAAUAAGACCCUAGAUAUUUAUUGGAAAGGAGCAUUAAGCUCAUCACUGUGGACUUCCACCACUCAGUGGUUCUUAAGUUAUUUCAUUUGUAUCCUAUUAAUCUGCAUGCUUUCCUGAGUCGUAGUGGGAGGGCCACACAACACAUCAUCGCGUGACUCCAAGUUUACUUCGAUAUGAUGGUUAUUAUACUGAACAAAAAUAUAAAUGCAACAUGCAACAAUAUCAAAGAUUUUACGGAGUUACAGUUCAUAUAAGGAAAUCAGUCAAUUGAAAUUAAUUAAUUAGGCCCUAAUUUAUGGAUUUCACAUGAUUGGUAAUACAGAUACGCAUCUGUUGGUCACAGAAAAAAAAAAGGGGCGUGGGUCAGAAUCUGGUGUGACCAACAUUUGCCUCAUGCAGCGCGAGACAUCUCCUUCUCAUAGAGUUGAUCAGGCUGUUGAUUUGUGGCCUGUGGAAUGUUGUCCCACUCCUCUUCAAUGGCUGUGCGAAGUUGUUGGAUAUUGACGGGAACUGGAACACGCUGUCCCAAACAUGCUAAAUGGGUGACACGUCUGAUGAGUAUGCAGGCCAUGGAAGAACUGGGACAUUUUCAGCUUCCAGGAAUUGUGUACAGAUCCUUGCGACAUGGGGCCGUGCAUUAUCAUGCUGAAAUAUGAGGUGAUGUCGGCGGAUGAAUGGCACGACAAUGGGCCUCAGGAUCUCGUCACGGUAUCAGAUUGCCAUUGAUAAAAUGCAAUUUUGUUCGUUGUCCGUAGCUUAUGCCUGCCCAUACCAUAACACCACCGCCACCAAGCGCACUCUGUUCACAACGUUGACAUCAGCAAACCGCUCGCCCACACGACGCCAUACAUGUGGUCUGUGGUUGUGAGGCCGGUUGGACAUACUGCCAAAUUCUCUAAAACGAUGUUGGCGGCUUAUGAUAGAGAAAUUAACAUUAAAUUAUCUGGCAAUAGCUCUGGUAGACAUUCCUGCACUUCCUGAACUUGAGACAUCUAUGGCAUUAUGUUGUGUGACAAAACUGCAGAUUUUAGAUUGGCCUUUUAUUGUCCCUAGCACAAGGUGCACCUGUUUAAUGAUCAUGCUGUUUAAUCAACUUCUUCAUAUGCCACACCUGUCAGGUGGAUGGAUUAUCUUGGCAAAUGAGAAAUGCUCACUAACAGGGAUGUUACAAAAUUUUUGCACAAAACUUGAGAGACAUAAGCUUUUUAUGCGAAUGGAACAUUUCUGGGAUAUUUUAUUUCAACUCAUGAAACAUGGGACCAACACAUUACAUUUUGCGUUUUAGAUUUUUGUUCAGUAUAUAUCAAUAUUUGCGCAUAAAGGCGUUUCCACUGCCUUUUUUUGCAUAAUUCAUUUUACAAACAGAAAAAGAUCCCACCUUGUCUAGUGUAUUUUGUUUUGUCUACAUUUGGAAUGUUUACUGACAAAUGUGCUAUUUCCAUCAGGCCUGUGGUGACAUUAUUUAUCUGACAUGUACUUUACUCGCAUAAAAAGGUUGGAUGGAAACCUGGUUUCUGUAAGUAACAUUUUCUAUAAUAAAGCAGAAAAAUCUAGUAAGAAAAGACUAGUGCAACUGGUAGUGCAAGACAUGCAAGUACAACAGUGAUUUUUAGUUUUUUUCAAAUGUCGAAUUACUGUAGUUGGUAGAUUUGUUGUAUAUGGGUUAAUCCUGGGAGAAUGCCACUUGCCAAAUUACUAUUGAGAUUCUUGUGCCAGCUUUCUCUGUAGAACUGACCUUUGUAGUUUGACAGAAAUGCCUUUGCAGGAGCCCUCAAUCCUAAUUGAGUUCAUAUGAAAUUCACAACCGCAUUUCACAUACCUACCUGUUCAACUAAGAUUAGCUAGGGCAGGGGUUCCCAAACUUUUUUGGCCCACGACCCCAUUUUGAUAUUUCCCAAAAAAAUGGUGACCCCACCAUGUAAACAAAGUGAUGUAAUCAACGGUCAAUAUUUACUUUUGUAAUUGGGGUUAUGACAGUCUAUUACAAAUCAAUCUGAUAGUACUUUUGACAGUAUUUCAAUCUGAAGGAAGUAUGGUUUGAAGUGACUGAAAUGCAUCAGAAAGGUAUUGGGAAGUUCAGAAGAUCAUUUUGUAUGAUCUUGAUUGUUCUUUUUCCCCAGUCUGAUUUAGUGCCUGGUCUUGUCCACUAUGUUCUGAUGAGUCCUGCGUGGCUUGUGGGCAUUGUAGAGGGAAACAGAAGACACAUACAGUGCAUUCGGAAAGUAUUCAGACCCCUUCACUUUUUCCACAUUUUGUUACGUUUAGGGCUGUGGCGGUCAUGAAAUGUUGUCAGCCAGUGAUUGCCAGGCAAAUAACUGCCGGUCUCACGGUAAUUGACUGUAAAUUAACAUAAACACAUUUAGCAUCUCCUGUCUUCCACGCAUAGCCUACAAGCCACUGAUGCAGACCUUUGGAACAUCUACAUUUAAACAAGUAUAAUAAAUCCAUGUAAUAUGGAUGUGUCUCUCGAGUGGCGCAGUGGUCUAAGGCUGUGCCACUAGAGAUCCUGGUUCGAAUCCAGGCUCUGUCAUAGCCGGCCGUGACCGGGAGACCCAUGGGGCGCCGCACAAUUGGCCAAGCGUCGUCUAGGGUAGGGGAGGGAAUGGCCGGCAGGGAUGUAGCUUAGUUGAUAGAGCAUGGCGUUUGCAACGCCAGGGUUGUGGGUUCGAUUCCCAUGGGGGGUAUGAAAAAAUAAAUAAUGUAUGCACUCACUAACUGUAAGUCGCUCUGGAUAAGAGCGUCUGCUAAAUGACUAAAAAUGUAAAUGUAAUAUAGCCUACACCAUCACAAUAAAUCCAUUAUUUAUUUUAGACAGGUCUAAAAAAACAUGAAGAAAAUGUAGUCUAUUUCAGAAGAACAGAAUAGCAUACUGCGUUGUCCUUAUGUUAGGCCCUGAUCUGGCUAUGCCAUAUGGCUGUGGGCUACACUAGUUAAUUUAGCAAACAAGAUUUGCUUAGAAUUCCGUAGCAUUAUUUAUAUUAUUACUUCAGUUUCUUGGCAAUUUCUCGCAUGGAAUAGCCUUCAUUUCUCAGACCAAGAAUAGACUGACGAGUUUCAGAAUAAAGUUAUUUGUUUCUGGCCAUUUUAAGCCUGUAAUCGAACCCACAAUUGCUGAUGCUCCAGAUACUCAACUAGUCUCAAGAAGGCCAGUUUUAUUGCUUCUUUAAUCAGCACAACAGUUUUCAGCUGUGCUAACAUAAUUGCAAAAGGGUUUUCUAAUGAUCAAUUAGCCUUUUAAAAUGAUAAACUUGGAUUAGCAAACACAACGUGCCAUUGGAACACAGGACUGAUGGUUGCUGAUAAUGGGCCUCUGUACGCCUAUGUAGAUAUUCCAUAAACAAUCAGCAGUUUCCAGAUACAAUAGCCAUUUACAACAUUAACAAUGUCUACACUGUAUUUCUGAUCAAUUUGAUGUUAUUUUAAUGGACAAAAAAAUAGCUUUUCUUUCGAAAACAAGGACAUUUCUAAGUGACCCCAAACUUUUGAACGGUAGUGUAGGUAUGCCAGUUAGGCUCUACACCCAUUGUAAAGCGGAUUAGUAUGCUUCAUUUUAAGAAGUUAUUUGGCCACUUUAGUUGUGAUACAAACCUUAUCAAAACAUAUAAGCCUAUGGGCUAGGCUACAUGAGGUGUGCGACUAUGAUUUGCAAAAAAAAGCAUGCGCUGUUUGCCUCCAGCUGGGCAUCAUUCACAAGUGAUAGGCUAAUAUUGUCAACCAUCACACUAUUCUUGAUUUAAUAUUGUCUUUACAUAUACUAAAUAAUAUAUGUGUGAAAUUUGUUUUGAUUUAGAAUGGACCAUUAUCAUGCACCUGUCUCGAAACAGGGGCAGCGGAAAAAAAAUACAUGUCAUCUAUGCACUUAGAUAGCGAAUGGAGGACGCUUUUUCCGUGGUUCAUUUUCAUGCCAGCCAGGUAGGCUAUACUCCUGUUUUAAAGAGAAACAAUGUGCUAAAUAUUAGGAAGGUUGAAAAAUAUAGAGGCCAUCACUCUGUUUUCUCACGCAGUAGGACAAAUGUAUACACUCACUAACUGUAAGUCGCUCUGGAUAAGAGCGUCUGCUAAAUGACUAAAAUGUAAAUGCAAUUGCAUAGCCUAUAGAAAUGUUGCGCAACGUGAGCUCAUGGGCUCUCAUGAAGUGUUUGAUUCGAUUUUCAAAUACAUUUGCAUUGAUGUCAGAGUGAUUAGAGGGACAAUAGAGUGCUGAGUACCAGGCAGUUAGCAAGUUUGGUAGGCUACUAAUGACCAUUAGCAGCAUCAGAGCUUGGAGAAGCCUAAUUACUGUGACUAAACGGUCACAUGGAAUUUGACUGCCAUCAACAACCCUAGUUACGUUACAGCCUUAUUCUAAAAUGGAUUCAAUAGUUUUUUUCCCUCAUCAAUCUACACACAAUACCCCAUAAUGACAAAGUAAAAACAUGUUUUUACUUUUUUUGCAAAUAUAUAAGUCCGGGCUCUGGAGGGCCACUCAAGGACAUUCAGAGACUUGUCCCGAAGCCACUCCUGCGUUGUCUUGGCUGUGUGUUUAGGGUCGUUGUCCUGUUGGAAGGUGAACCUUCACCCCAGUCUGAGGUCCUGAGCACUCUGGAGAAGGUUUUCAUCAAGGAUCUCUCUGUACUUUGCUCCGUUCAUCUUUCCCUCGAUCCUGACUAGUCUCCCAGUCCCUGCCGUUGAAAAACAUCCCCACAGCAUGAUGCUGCCACCACCAUGCUUCACCGCAGGAAUGGUAUUGGCCAGGUGAUGAGCGGUGCAUGGUUUACUCCAGACGUGACUCUUGGCAUUCAGGCCAAAGAGUUCAAUCUUGGUUUCAUCAGACCAGAGAAUCUUGUUUCUCAUGAUCUGAAAGUCCUUUAGGUACCUUUUGGCAAACUCCAAGCGGGCAGUCAUGUGCCUUUUACUGAGGAGUGGCUUCUGUCUGGCCACUCUACCAUAAAGGCCUGAUUGGUGGAGUGCUGCAGAGAUGGUUGUGUUUCUGGAAGGUUCUCCCAUCUCGACAGAGGAACUCUGGAGCUCUGUCAGAGUGACCACCGGGUUCUUGGUCACCUCCCUGACCAAGGCCCUUCUCCCCCGAUUGCUCAGUUUGGUCGGGCGGCCAGCUCUAGGAAGAGUCUUGGUGGUUCCAGACUUCUUCCAUUUAAGAAUGAUGGAGGCCACUGUGUUCUUGGGGACCUUCAAUGUUGCAGAAAUGUUUUGGUACCCUUCCUCAGAUCUGUGCCUCGACACAAUCCUGUCUUGGAGCUCUAUGGACAAUUCCUUCGACCUCAUGACUUGGUUUUUGCUCUGACAUGCACUGUCAACUGUGGGACCUUAUAUAGACAGGUGUGCCUUUCCAAAUCAUGUCCAAUCAAUUGAAUUUACCACAAGUGGACUCCAAUCAAGUUUUAGAAACAUGUCAAGGAUGAUCAAUGGAAACAGGAUGCACCUGAGCUCAAUUUUGAGUCUCAUAGCAAAGGGUCUGAAUACUUCUGUAAAUUAGGUUUUUCUGUUUUUUAUUUGUAAUACAUUUGCAAAAAAAUCUAUAACCUGUUUUUGCUUUGUCAUUAUGGGGUAUUGUGUGUAGAUUGAGGAAAAAAAUCAACUUUAGAAUAAGGCUGUAACGUAACAAAAUUUGGAAAAAGUGAAGGGGUCUGAAUACUUUACGUGUUCCUUAGAGUCUUAUCUUUAAGUGAUGGGGUCAAAAUAUUUUGUAGUUUAGACCGUUCAAAAUAAAGAAAGAAGGAAAUAGAAACCGCUUUGUUUAUUACAACCACAUCUAGUGGCUACCGGAGAUUCUCUCGCGACCCCAUUUUCAAAUCAAGUGACCCCUAUUUUGGGAAACGCUGAUCUAGGGGCAUGUUGAGAUAACUAUGCCUCUCUGGUUGGCAUUGAAUAGUUUGCUUUUAGCCUUCUGAAAAUGUUGUGAAAAAUACAAUAUCUGAUAGCCAGCACAGAACAGUUUGAGGUUGGCUGGCCCGACAGUGUAAAAGGGUAUGAAUGCAACAUAUGCCCUUUCUCCUCCCCCCUUCUCUCUUCUUCCCUUCUCCUCCUCCCCUCUCUCCUCCCUUCUCGCCUCCUCCCUUCUCUCCUCCUCCUUUUCUCCCUCAGUACUCGUCUCCGAUGGUGGAUGGGGAUGUGACCAUGACGCAGCGUCGGCGUUUCACGCGGGUGGAGAUGGCCAGGGUACUGAUGGAGAGGAACCAGUACAAGGAGAGACUAAUGGAACUACAGGAGGCCGUCCGGUGGACAGAGAUGAUCAGGUGAGGAGAGGGGGGAGGGGAGGAGAGAGGAACCAGUACAAGGAGAGACUGAUGGAACGCAGGAGGCCGUUCGGUGGACAGAGAUGAUCAGGUGAGGAGAGGAGAAGGAGGAGUGGGGGGAGGGAGGAGGGCAGUGAGGGGUGAAGGGGAGAGGAACCAUUACAAGGAGAGGCUGAUGGAGAUGCAGUAGGCCGUCUGGUGGACAGAGAUGAUCAGGAGAGGCAGGCCUGGCCCUGUCUCCUAGUUUAGCAAGACAAUGACCAUAGAAGUUCGUAAGACAAACAGAUCUGGGACCAGGCUAGGUAUAUGCUGCUCCCAUGCUUUAUUCCUGCACAAACAUGCCUCUCUCUGUUUCCUCAGGGCAUCCAGGGAGAGUCCUCAGAUGCAGGAGAAGAAGAAAUCCACCAUCUGGCAGUUGUGAGUUGUUAUCAGUGCCAUGCAGCCUAAAGGUGUCAGCAUGUUUCAGUUCGGCUGGCACCUAAUUCGGCUGGAACCGAACAAGUGUGCUCGCAUACUCCCUUAAAAGAUCUUCGCUUGAAAAACAAGAAAAAAGUGGCAAUAGUACUGUUUGUCAAUUUUGAGACGACUCAAAAUAAUCCAAAUUAAUCUAAGAUAACUCAAGAAAUCUGUAAUUUAUUUUGAUGUUUUUGCUGAGGAGAUCUUAGUCGUGCAAUUUUACAUCUAACUAAGAUGUUUGGUGCAGUAUUUCUCAAUGAAGAAAUUUGCAUCAAAAUGAGUCGUCUCUCGUUAAAUGACAACAAAGACUUUAUAGAAGAAUCCCUACUGUUGACCAAUCACGACUAACGGGCUUAGACUUCGGCUUGCCGAAAAACCCUUACCCGAAGUCCAAAACGAUCAAAAACGUCACAAAAUGUCAUCAUAAUAUAUGCACAAACUCUUCCGAACUGUUUCGGCUGAGAAUCAUGCGGACGCCUUAAGGCUGUGUUCUGUAUGCUUUGUAAUGUACAGUUAAUGAAAUCGUUACUAAACUUUCUUACUGUCACGCUCUGGCUCCGGGACUCUGUAUAGUGAGCCAGGGUGUGUUCAUUAUUUGGGUGUAUUUCUAUGUUUGUAUUUCUGUUGGGUGCAUUUCUAUGUUUGGUCAAUGACUCCCAAUCGGAGGUAACGAGUGUCAGCUGUCGGCUCGUUAUCUCUGAUUGGGAGCCAUAUUUAAUCUGUAUGUUUUCCUGUGGGUGUUGUGGGUUUUUGUUCGUGUUUGGUUGUGUAUUGACCGUCGACUGUCACGUCGUUGUUUUGUUGUUUUGAUCGGGUGAUCAUUCAAAUAAAUAAUAUGUUCACAUUCAACGCUGCGCCUUGGUCCUCCUCCUCUAUGUAUGACGCGCGUGACAGAAAAACCCACCAAGAUGGGACCAAGCAGCGUGUCCAGGAGCCGUCGCCAGGGAGAUCCCUCACAGAUCUCCUUCGCCUCCUGGACUGGGUCAAGCCGAGUGAGGAGGAGAAGGGCUUGACGCUAUGGCAGAAGGGCGAGAGGCUGGCGAGGUCUAUGGAGACCUGGUCCACGGGUAGGAGAGACGCCCCGAAAAUUUUUAGGGGGGGGCUCGAGACGUCGGACCAGCAGGAGGCCGCGAUAGAGCGGCCCAGUGGGUUGCUGGAGAAGGCCGCCGGGUUACGGGGGCCACUGGUCAAAGAGGGGAUGGAGGAAGUGGAGGCACGGCGAGAGGUACUGGCGUGUGUUGCCAGUCCGGUCCGGCCCGUUCCAGAUCCCGGUGUGGGGCCAGUGGUGUGUGUCCCCAGUACAGUCCGGCCCAUCCAAGCUUCCCGCACCAAGCCAGUGGUGUGCGUCGUCAGUCCAGUCCGGCCCGUUCCUGCUCCCCGCAUCAAGUCUGUGGUGCGUCUCGUCAGCCCGGCUCUGCCCGUUCCUGCUCUCCGCACCAGGUCUGUGGUGCGCGUCGCCAGCCCAGUCCGGCCCAUUCCUGCUCCCCGCAUCAAGUCUGUGGUGCGUCUCGUCAGCCCGGCUCUGCCCGUUCCUGCUCUCCGCACCAGGUCUGUGGUGUGCGUCGCCAGCCCGGCUCGUCCCGUUCCUGCUCCCCGCACCAAGUCAGGGGUGCGCUUCGACAGCCCGGCUCGGUCCGCUCCUGCUCCCCACACCAAGCCAGUGGGGUGCGGCGUCAGUCCGGCACGGCCCGUGCCUGUUCUCCGCACCAAGUCUGUGGUGCGUUUCGUCAGCCCUGUCCGGCCCGUUCCUGCUCUCCGCACCAAGUCUGUGGUGCGCGUCGCCAGCCCAGUUCGGCCCAUCCAAGCUCCCCGCACCAGGUCAGUGGUGCGCGUCGUCAGCCCGGUCCGGCCCGUUCCUCCUCCACGCAUCAGGCCAGGGGCGCGUGUCGUCGGUCCGGCUCCGGCCAGCGGGGCUGGACAGGACCAGGGGUACUUUGGGGGGUUGGAGAGGAGGUGGGGAUCAAGGACGGAGCCAGAGCCACCGCCGAGGAGGUGUGCCCACCCAGCCCUCCCUUGUUUAGCCCGUAUUGAGGCGCGGUCGCAGUCCGCGCCUUUAGGGGGGGGUACUGUCACGCUCUGGCUCCGGGACUCUGUAUAGUGAGCCAGGGUGUGUUCAUUAUUUGGGUGUAUUUCUAUGUUUGUAUUUCUGUUGGGUGCAUUUCUAUGUUUGGUCAAUGACUCCCAAUCGGAGGUAACGAGUGUCAGCUGUCGGCUCGUUAUCUCUGAUUGGGAGCCAUAUUUAAUCUGUAUGUUUUCCUGUGGGUGUUGUGGGUUUUUGUUCGUGUUUGGUUGUGUAUUGACCGUCGACUGUCACGUCGUUGUUUUGUUGUUUUGAUCGGGUGAUCAUUCAAAUAAAUAAUAUGUUCACAUUCAACGCUGCGCCUUGGUCCUCCUCCUCUAUGUAUGACGCGCGUGACACUUACUGUACAUCUCUCUCUCUCUCUCUCUCUCUCUCCCUCUCUCUUCUCUCCUUCCAGUUUUGCCCGUCUGUUCAGUUCCUCGGCCAGUCCUCCACCAGUCAAGCGUCCAUACUACAGCGUCAACAUCCACUACAAGUCCCCAUCCCCUGCAGGCUUCCCCCAGAGACGCAGCCACACCAUGUGUCAGAUCUCUACCUCAAACCGAACCCUGGAGUUCUUCCCAGAAGAGUGAGAGAAAAACACACACCAACCUUUUUUAUUUACAUUCUUCCCUCACUCUGUCGCCGUCCAUACCUUCAUCCCUCUAUCCCUCCACCCCUCUCCCUCUGAUCGUCCUCCAUCUCUGUCCCUCCCUCCUUCCCAUCACUCUAUCCCUCCACCCCUCUCUCCCUCUGAUCGCCCUCCAUCUCUGUCCCUCCCUCCUCCCAUCCCUCUCCUUCCUUCCGUCCCUCCCUCCCUCUUAUCUCUCCAUCCCUCUAUCCCUUCCUCCCUCUAUCCCUCCCUUGUCCACCCUCUAACAUUGUAGAGUUAGUUGUCUAUGCAUGUGUAGGGGAGAGUUUGGGGUUGCACUGUCUUAAGUGUAAUCCUACAGUAUGUGUAUGUGUGAGAUAAUGUUUUCCCUAAUUUAAACUCAGCAAAAAAAGAAACGUCCUCUCACUGUCAACUGCGUUUAUUUUCAGCAAACUUAACAUGUAAAUAUUUGUAUGAACAUAACAACAAUUGAGACAUAAACUGAACAAGUUCCACAGACAUGUGACUAACAGAAAUUGAAUAAUGUGUCCCUGAACAAAGGGGGGGUCAAAAUCAAAAGUAACAGUCAGUAACUGGUGUGGCCACCAGCUGCAUUAAGUACUGCAGUGCAUCUCCUCCUCAUGGACUGCACCAGAUUUGCCAGUUCUUGCUGUGAGAUGUUACCCCACUCUUCCACCAAGGCACCUGCAAGUUCCCAGACAUUUCUGGGGGGAAUGGCCCUAGCCCUCACCCGCCGAUCCAACAGGUCCCAGACGUGCUCAAUGUGAUUGAGAUCCAGGCUCUUCGCUGGCCAUGGCAGAACACUGACAUUCCUGUCUUGCAGGAAAUCACGCACAGAACGAGCAUUAUGGCUGGUGGCAUUGUCAUGCUGGAGGGUCAUGUCAGGAUGAGCCUGCAGGAAGGGUACCACAUGAGGGAGGAGGAUGUCUUCCCUGUAACGUACAGUGUUGAGAUUGCCUGCAAUGACAACAAGCUCAGUCCGAUGAUGCUGUGACACACCGCCCCAGACCAUGACGGACCCUUCACCUCCAAAUCGAUCCCGCUCCAGAGUACAGGCCUCGGUGUAACGCUCAUUCCUUCUACGAUAAACGCGAAUCCGACCAUCACCCCUGGUGAGACAAAACCGCGACUCGUCAGUGAAGAGCACUUUUUGCCAGUCCUGUCUGGUCCAGCGACGGUAGGUUUGUGCCCAUAGGCGACGUUGUUGCCGGUGAUGUCUGGUGAGGACCUGCCUUACAACAGGCCUACAAGCCCUCAGUCCAGCCUCUCAGCCUAUUGCGAGCACUGAUGGAGGGAUUGUGCGUUUCUGGUGUAACUCGGGCAUGUUGUUGCCAUCCUGUACCUGUCCCGCAUGUGUGAUGUUCGGAUGUACCGAUCCUGUGCAGGUGUUGUUACACGUGGUCAGCCACUGCAAGGACGAUCAGCUGUCCGUCCUGUCUCCCUGUAGCGCUGUCUUAGGCGUCUCACAGUACGGACAUUGCAAUUUAUUGCCCUGGCCACAUCUGCAGUCCUCAUGCCUCCUUGCAGCAUACCUAAGGCACGUUCACGCAGAUGAGCAGGGACCCUGGGCAUCUUUAAUUUGGUGUUUUUCAGAGUCAGUAGAAAGGUAUCUUUACUGUCCUAAGUUUUCAUAACUAUGACCUUAAUUGCCUACCGUCUGUAAGCUGUUAGUGUCUUAACGACCGUUCCACAGGUGCAUGUUCAUUAAUUGUUUAUGGUUAAUUGAAUAAGCAUGGGAAAAAGUGUUUAAACCCUUUACAAUGAAGAUCUGUGAAGUGAUUUGGAAUUUUACGAAUUAUCUUUGAAAGACAGGGACCUGAAAAAGGGAUGUUUCUUUUUUUGCUGAGUCUAUUUUUGAGUGAAAUCAUGAUAACCCAUCAUAUUUUGAAUCAGUUAGUAGAGUUCUUGCAUGUGCCAUCAUGUUAAAGUGCAAAAGGAUGUAAGUAUGGUUGCUAGUUCAUAGUACUGCUUUGUGCAUUGUUCUUAGUGAUUAGUGCUAAGUGCAGAUCACAUAUUGUGAUUGCUUUUUAUUUUGCGCUCUACUCCUGUCUAUUGGUGUGUUCUUUUGUUUCCAUUCAUUUUCUCAUGGCUGUUGAGCUGGCUAUAGCUUAACUGCUUAAAAACACACAAUGCUGCUGUAGCUUCUCUCUUUCUUUGCAGCAGCCUGCCGCGCUUGCUAACGCUUCGCUUCUCUCUCCGCCUCUCCCUCUCUCUCUACGCCUUUCUUUCUUUCUCUCCUCCCUCUGUUCUAGACUGGCCAGUAAUGGUGUUGCGUCUCUCCUCAGCGACUCUGCGCUGUCGGCUCGACGUGAGCAGCGCCGGGAACAGUACCGGCAGGUCCGAGAGCACAUGCGCCGCGAUGACGGCAUUAUGCAAGCCUGUGGCUGGAGCGUACCGCCACGCUUCAAACAGGUACCGUCUCUCAUCCACCUGUCCGUCUGUACGGCCGUUUGCCCACCAAGCUGAGUGUUUAGCAAGCAUUCAGCGUCCAAGUAAAAUGCCAUCCAUGCCAUCCCAGCUCUGCAGAUUUUGCUGCGAAGAGACAGAAUCAUUAGAUCAUUUGUUUUGGGACUGUCCAUAUGUAGCUUGUUUUUGGUUGCAGAUCCAGGAAUGGCUGAAUAAUUGCAACAUUUACCUGGAGCAAACUCUGCAAAUAGCACUGCCGGGUGAUUUGAAAAGUCAUAGUCAAUCGAUCAAUAAUUUAAUAAUACUUUUAGCAAAAAUGUUUAUCUUAAUUUACAAUCUGUAGAAACUAUGAUCAAUCAAUCAAAUGUAUUUAUAAAGAUGUCACAAAGUGCUAUACAGAAACCCAGUCUAAAACCUCAAACAGCAAGCAAUGCAGAUGUAUAAGCAAGAUUCUGAACUUUUGUGAAACAUCACAGCACAGUUGAAAAAUAUAUGGCGAAUAGAAAUCAAACUGGAUGGUCUUCAGAGAUAGAUGGGAGGGGUUGAGGGUAGCUGAAGGAUGGGAUUAAAAACAAACAAAUAACUAUUGUAAAAUACAUUGUGUCCUUAAAAUGUAAAUAGUACGUAUACAGUGCAUUCUGAAAGUAUUCAGACCCCUUGACAGCCUUAUUCUAAAAUGGAUAAAAUAUUUUUUCCCCUCAUCAGUCUACACACAAUACCCCAUAAUGACAAAGUGAAAACAUAUAUAUUUACUUUUGUGCAUUUUUUUAUUUUUUUUUAAGAAGAAGAAAACGGAAAUACCUUAUUUACAGAAGUAUUCAGACCCUUUGCUAUGAGACUCGAAAUUGAGCUCAGGUGCAUCCUGUGUCCAUUGAUCAGGAUUGUGUCGAGGCACAGAUCUGGGGAAGGGUACCAAAACAUUUCUGCAGCAUUGAAGGUCCCCAAGAACACAGGCCUCCAUCAUUCUUAAAUGGAAGAAGUUUGGAACCACCAAGACUCUUCCUAGAGCUAGCCGCCCGGCCAAACUGAGCAAUCGGGGGAGGAAGGGCCUUGGUCAGGGAGGUGACCAAGAACCCGAUGGUCACUCUGACAGAGCUCCAGAGUUCCUCUGUGGAGAUGGGAGAACCUUCCAGAAGGACAACCAUCUCUGCAGCACUCCACCAAUCAGGCCUUUAUGGUAGAGUGGCCAGACAGAAGCCACUCCUCAAUAAAAGGCACGUGACAGCCCGCUUGGAGUUUGCCAAAAGGCACCUAAAGGACUCUCAGACCAUGAGAAACCAGAUUCUCUGGUCUGAUGAAACCAAGAUUGAACUCUUUGGCCUGAAUGCCAAGCGUCACGUCUGGAGGAAACCAGGCAUCGCUCAUCACCUGGCCAUUACCAUCCCUACGGUGAAGCAUGGUGGUGGCAGCAUCAUGCUGUGGAUAUGUUUUUCCGCGGCAGGGACUGGGAGACUAGUCAGGAUCGAGGGAAAGAUGAACAGAGAAAAGUACAGAGAGAUCCUUGAUGAAAACCUGCUCCAGAGCGCUCAGGACAACGACCCUAAGCACACAGCCAAGACAAUGCAGGAGUGGCUUCGAGACAAGUCUCUGAAUGUCCUUUAGUGGCUCAGCCAGAGCCCGGACUUGAACCUGAUCGAACAUCUCUGGAGAGACCUGAAAAUAGCUGUGCAGCAAUGCUCCCCAUCCAACCUGACAGAGCUUGAGAGGAUCCGCAGAGAAGAAUGGGAGAAACUCCCCAAAUACAGGUGUGCCAAGCUUGUAGCGUCAUUCCCAAGAAGAAUCGAGGCUGUAAUCACUGCCAAAGGUGCUUUAACAAAGUACUGAGUAAAGGGUCUGAAUACUUAUGUAAAUGUGAUAUUUCAGUUUUUUGUUGUUGUUUUUUUGCCAAAAAUUCUAAAAACCUGUUUUUGCUUUGUCAUUAUGGGGUAUUGUGUGUAGAUUAAUGAAAAAACAAACAAUUGAAUCAAUUUUAGAAUAAGGCUGUAACGUAACAGAAUGUGGAAAAGGUGAAGGGGUCUGAAUACUUUCCGAAUGCACUGUAAGCUGGAAGUAGAAGCCUAAGUGUUGUUGUCCAUUAGUUUACUCCAAUUAGGGGAGGGGUGGUAGGGUUAGGGGGAAAUAAUAAAGAAAAAAAUAUAUAUGGGGGAUUGGAAAUGAUGCAGACAAUUACAAUGAUGGAAGCUACAAUCUAUCUGCAAUAUUAAAGCUGAUCUACCCCCUAAAUAUAAACAAAUGUAUAUAAAUAAAUAUGCCAUCCAUGUAGCAGUCAGAAUAUAGCAUAUAGGGCGGUCUCUCUAACUCUAUUUCUCCCAUAGACUGGUGCUCAGCUGGACAGUGCACUGGAAGGCCCGCUGAAGAAACAACAGGUAAGUUACACCCAUAGAGUCCCCCCCUAACCUAGCAUGAGCCGCUCUUAGUUACCCCAAAGACCCGUCACAAGACACAUCAACAGACACCACAGUCUGACACAACACCUACUAUUAAAGUCACAGGCUCCUUUUCACCUUAUUUAUCACCUGAUUUACUUAAUAAAAGGCACAUCUCAAUAGGUGGUCCAGGUAUCCUCAUGACAUGGCACAAGUGGGGGGGCUUUCCUAUUUUGUUCUCUAUUUACAUUACAUUUACAUUUCUAUUUUACCUUUAUUUUUUAGCAGGAGUCCCAUUGAGAUUUAGGUCUCUCAUACAAGGGAGCCCUGCAUAUACACAAUUUAUAAAUACAACAUAAUACAAAUACAAAAUUACAAAACAUACUCAAGAGAAACAAUCACAUUCCUCAGCAUAGAGGUCCACAAUCAACAAUUUGAACUGCCUGAGCGGCACCAAUACAUAUAGUUGCAGGGAGCUCUGUAGAUUGUUCCAUAUAUGGGGUGCAAAGAAACCAAAAGCAGAUUUACCCAUCUCUGUGGAGACCGAAGGGAUCUCAAGAGUUAGCCAUCCCUGAGACAGGGUUUGGUCAUUCGUACAUCUAAAGUUUAUUAAUGAUGUUAGGUAUGGUGGAAGUUUAUUGUUCCCGCAAGCAAGGGGGGAGGCCGAUGACAUAAGAGGGCACCAUCAGACCAACUUCUUAAAUGGCCCACUACAUGAAGUUUGCACUUGUAUCUAGAAAACACUAUUUUGCUCAAAACAUAUUUUGUUUACCUUAAGUGUGUAUAUAUUACUGUAUUAAAACCUGGGAUAUUGUUUUUCAACAGGAAAAGUAAAAAAAUAGCUGGAGUGCGUCUUUCAGCCCCUAAGCCUUGUCCCAAGACACACAUCAACAGACACCACAGUCUGACACAGCUAACUGACUCAAUGACCCUGUCCCUCAUGCAUGUGAAAAGACGCCACUUAACCUUCUGAUACAAUAUCUACCUAAAACCUAAAAGCUCUGUCACCACAAUACACACAACACUUACAGUUGAAGUCGGAAGUUUACAUACACUUAGGUUGGAGUCAUUAAAACUUGUUUUUCAACCACUCCACAAAUGUCUUGUUAACAAACUAUAGUUUUGGCAAGUCGGUUAGGACAUCUACUUUGUGCAUGACAAAAGUAGAUUUUCCAACAAUGUUUACAGACCUAUUAUUUCACUUAAAAUUCGCUGUAUCACAAAUCCAGUGGGUCAGAAGUUUACAUACACUAAGUUGACUGUGCCUUUAAACAGCAUGGAAAAUUCCAGAAAAUGAUGUCAUGGUUUUAGAAGCUUCUGAUAGGCUAUUUGACAUCAUUUGAGUCAAUUGGAGGUGUACCUGUGGAUAUAUUUCAAGGCCUACCUUCAAACUCAGCGCCUCUUUGCUUGACAUCACGGGAAAAUCAAAAGAAAUCAGCCAAGACCUCAGAAAAAUAAUUGUAGACCUCCACAAGUCUGGUUAAUCCUUGGGAGCAAUUUCCAAAUGCCUGAAGGUACCACGUUCAUCUGUACAAACAAUAGUACGCAAGUAUAAACACCAUGAGACAACGCAGCCAUCAUACCGCUCAGGAAGGAGACGCAUUCUGUCUCAUAGAGAUUAACGUACUUUGGUGCGAAAAGUGCAAAUCAAUCCCAGAACAACAGCAAAUGACCUUGUGAAGAUGCUGGAGGAAACAGGUACAAAAGUAUCUAUAUCCACAGUAAAAUGAGUCCUAUAUCGACAUAACCUGAAAGGCCGCUUAGCAAGGAAGAAGCCACUGCUCCAAAACCGCCAUAAAAAAGCCCGACUACGGUUUGCAACUGCACAUGGGGACAAAGAUCGUACUUUUUGGAGAAAUGUCCUCUGCUCUGAUGAAACAAAAAAUAGAACUGUUUGGCCAUAAUGACCAUCGUUAUGUUUGGAGGAAAAAGGGGGUUCUUGCAAGCCGAAGAACACCAUCCCAAACGUGACGCACAGGGGUGGCAGCAUCAUGCUGUGGGGGUGCUUUGCUGCAGGAGGGACUGGUGCACUUCACAAAAUAGAUGGCAUCAUGAGGAAGGAAAAUGAUGUGGAUAUAUUGAAGCAACAUCUCAAGACAUCAGUCAAGAAGUUAAAGCUUGGUCGCAAAUGGGUCUUCCAAAUGGACAAUGAACCCAAAGUUACUUCCAAAGUUGUGGCAAAAUGGCUUAAGGACAACACAGUCAAGGUAUUGGACUGGCCAUCACAAAGCCCUGACCUCAAUCCUAUAGAACAUUUGUUGGCAGAACUGAAAAAGCGUGUGCGAGCAAGGACGCCUACAAACCUGACUUACUUACACCAGCUCUGUCAGGAGGAAUGGGCCAAAAUUCACCCAACUUAUUGUGGGAAGCUUGUGGAAGGCUACCGGAAACGUUUGACCCAAGUUAAACAAUUUAAAGGCAAUGCUACCAAACACUAAUUGAGUGUAUGUAAACUUCUGACCCACUGGGAAUGUGAUGAAAGAAAUAAAAGCUGAAAUAAAUCAUUCUCUCAACUAUUAUUCUGACAUUUCACAUUCUUAAAAUAAAGUGGUGAUCCUAACUGACCUAAGACUGAAUUUUUACUAGGAUAAAAUGUCAGGAAUUGUGAAAAACUAAGUUUAAAUAUAUUUGGCUAAAGUGUAUCGACUUCAACUGUACCUCUAACCCAACACACAUCAACAGAUGCCACACAGUCUGACACACCUCCCUCUAACCCCAAAACCCUGUCCCCAAGGAGACACACAUCAACAGACACCACACAAUCUGACAUAAGCUAUUGACACAAUGCCCCUGUCCCUCAGUCAUGUUAACAGACACCCCACAACCUGCUGACACUGUCCCUCUGCUAUAUCAACCUACCUCCAACCUCAAAGCUCUUCCCCAAGAGACAUCAGAUAUGUCAAUAGUGUGGUUAUAUGGCUAUAUGUAUACAGCAAUGUGGGUUUGAUUGAAUUGAGUGGUAGUGGGAGUGUCUUCUUCUAUUGGAGGUCUUGGAGCAGUUUUGUGAUUGGAGGCUUUGUCUGUCUGUCUUCUCCCAGGCCAAUGAGAAGGAGGACAACCGCAUGAAGAAUGUCCCUGUUCCUGUCUACUGUCGCCCCCUAGUGGAGAAGGACCCCAACAGGAAGGUAAACAAACAAACAAACAAAUAUGUACUUGGUUAAAGCCACAAUCUGCAAUAUUUACCGCUGUUCAAUCAAUCGUCAUGUUAAUUAAUUAUAUACAGUGUGGAGAACAAGUAUUUGAUACACUGCCGAUUUUGCAGGUUUUCCUACUUACAAAGCAUGUAGAGGUCUGUAAUUGUUAUCAUAGGUACACUUCAACUGUGAGAGACGGAAUCUAAAACAAAAAUCUAGAAAAUCACAUUGUAUGAUUUUUAAGUAAUUAAUUUGCAUUUUAUUGCAUGACAUAAGUAUUUGAUCACCUACCAACCAGUAAGAAUUCCGGCUCUCACAGACCUGUUAGUUUUUCUUUAAGAAGCCCUCCUGUUCUCCACUCAUUACCUGUAUUAACUGCACCUGUUUGAACUCGUUACCUGUAUAAAAGACACCUGUCCACACACUCAAUCAAACAGACUCCAACCUCUCCACAAUGGCCAAGACCAGAGAGCUGUGUAAGGACCUCAGGGAUAAAAUUGUAGACCUGCACAAGGCUGGCAUGGGCUACAGGACAAUAGGCAAGCAGCUUGGUGAGAAGGCAACAACUGUUGGCGCAAUUAUUAGAAAAUGGAAGAAGUUCAAGAUGACGGUCAAUCACCCUCGGUCUGGGGCUCCAUGCAAGAUCUCACCUCGUGGGGCAUCAAUGAUCAUGAGGAAGGUGAGGGAUCAGCCCAGAACUACACGGCAGGACCUGGUCAAUGACCUGAAGAGAGCUGGGACCACAGUCUCAAAGAAAACCAUUAGUAACACACUACGCCGUCAUGGAUUAAAAUCCUGCAGCGCACGCAAGGUCCCCCUGCUCAAGCCAGCGCAUGUCCAGGCCCGUCUGAAGUUUGCCAAUGACCAUCUGGAUGAUCCAGAGGAGGAAUGGGAGAAUGUCAUGUGGUCUGAAGAGACAAAAAUAGAGCUUUUUGGUCUAAACUCCACUCGCCGUGUUUGGAGGAAGAAGAAGGAUGAGUACAACCCCAAGAACACCAUCCCAACCGUGAAGCAUGGAGGUGGAAACGUCAUUCUUUGGGGAUGCUUUUCUGCAAAGGGGACAGGACGACUGCACCGUAUUGAGGGGAGGAUGGAUGGGACCAUGUAUCGCGAGAUCUUGGCCAACAACCUCCUUCCCUCAGUAAGAGCAUUGAAGAUGGGUCGUGGCUGGGUCUUCCAGCAUGACAACGACCCGAAACACAUAGCCAGGGCAACUAAGGAGUGGCUCCGUAAGAAGCAUCUCAAGGUCCUGGAGUGGCCUAGCCAGUCUCCAGACCUGAACCCAAUAGAACAUCUUUGGAGGGAGUUGAAAGUCCGUAUUGCCUAGCGACAGCCCCGAAACCUGAAGGAUCUGGAGAAGGUCUGUAUGGAGGAGUGGGCCAAAAUCCCUGCUGCAGUGUGUGCAAACCUGGUCAAGACCUACAGGAAACGUGUGAUCUCUGUAAUUGCAAACAAAGGUUUCUGUACCAAAUAUUAAGUUCUGCUUUUCUGAUGUAUCAAAUACUUAUGUCAUGUAAUAAAAUGCAAAUUAAUUACUUAAAAAUCAUACAAUGUGAUUUUAUGGAUUUUUGUGUUAGAUUCCUUCUCUCACAGUUGAAGUGUACCUAUGAUAAAAGUUACAGACCUCUACAUGCUUUGUAAGUAGGAAAACCUGCAAAAUCGGCAGUGUAUCAAAUACUUGUUCUCCCCACUGUAUAUACCCAUUGAUUCUUGAAGAAUAUUACUUAUUAAUGCUUCAAGAACUUAGCCCAUCAUAACCAAAAAGUUGUUUUACUCCAAUGUUUGUUAACGAUGUGUGUAAACAAACUAUUGUGUAGUUGUGGUGUGCGGCUGGCGUGGACCUGACGGGAUGGAAGACGUGCACUCAGGAAGUGAUGACAGUAAAGGCUGCCCCCGGCAACGGCGUUACAAAUCCUCUAGCCAUAGAGGAGGGAGAGGGAGGAGACGGCAAGAACAACCACAGCUCACCAGAGAAGAGACAGGUACUGUCUGGAUGUCUAUCUCUUGAUCUAUAUGGUUUGUUAGUUAAUUUAGCUAUUUGUUUUAGUUUGAAAACAUACUUAUUGCCACUUCUUCCGUUUCUCAACCCCACCUCUCCCUCCUUUCUCUGUCCCUCCCCCUUUCCUUCCCCCAGUCUAAGGAGCUCCGUGAAACAGACACUAUGAGUAGCAGAGUCUGGAUCCUGACCAGUACCCACUCAGCCAGCAAGGUGUUAAAUAAUACUUUUUUGAAUCUAAUCAUUUAAUUGUAAGUUGUAAUUCAACUUGUUGCUGCCAUUUGUACAAUUAGUCAAAUAAUGAAAAAACAUUAUUAUCAUUAUCAAGGUGGUCAUCAUUGAUGCCAACCAGCCCGGCUCGUUGGUCGACCAGUUCAACGUCUGCAAUGCCCACGUGCUCUGCAUCUCCAGCGUGCCAGGUUAGCGUCAAACCAUAACACGACCACAUAAAGUAGAAUUCCCCACCUGGAUCAAAUCUACCGCAACAUGACCAUAGUACUCAACUACCAUAACACAAUUACUGACCACCCAGACCCCACGUUCUCUGCAUCUCCAGCGUGCCAGGUUAGCGGUCAAACCGUAACACAAACACAUAGUACUCUUCUAUUAGACCAAAUCUACCGCAACUUGACAACUUAGCACCCUACUACCAUAAUAACACAACCAGAUCUACUACCACAACAUGACCACAUACAGUAGCACUCACCAUCUGCACCAAAUCUACUGCAAGUUGACCACUUAGUAAUCUACUGACAUAAUAACAUGACUAACGACCACCUAUCCUACACCCUAUCUAUUAACGCAACACAACCAUAUAGCACUCUCCACCUGAACCAAAUCUACUACCAUAACAUAACCAUAGUAUUCAGAUCAAAUCAACAUACUAUUCGGAAUAUAUUCAGACCCCUUGACUUUUUCCACAUUUUCUUACGUUACAGCCUUAUUCUAAAAAUGAUUAAAUUGUUUUUUUCCCUCAUCAAUCUACACACAAUACCCCAUAAUGACAAAGCAAAAACAGGUUUUUAUAAAUUUUUACACAAGUUUCCAGACCCUUUACUCAGUACUUUGUUGAAGCACCUUUGGCAGGAAUUACAGCCUCGAGUCUUCUUGGGUAUGACGCUACAAGCUUGGCACUCCUGUAUUUGGGGAAUUUCUCCCAUUCUUCUCUGCAGGUCCUCUCAAGCUCUGUCAGGUUGGAUGGGGAGCGUCACUGCACAGCUAUUUUCAGGUCUCUACAGAGAUGUUAGAUCGGGUUCGAGUCCGGGCUCUGGCUGGGCCACUCAAGGACAUUCAGAGACUUGUGCCGAAGCCACUCCUGCGUUGUCUUGGCUGUGUACUUAGGGUCGUUGUCCUGUUGGAAGGUGAACCUUUCCCCCAGUCUGAAGUCCUGAGCACUCUGGAGCAGGUUUUCAUCAAGGAUCUCUCUGUACUUUGCUCUGUUCAUCUUUCCUUCGAGCCUGACUAGUCUCCCAGUCCCUGACGCUGAAAAACAUCCCCAUAGCAUGAUGCUGCCACCACCAUGCUUCACCGUAGGGAUGGUGCCAGGUUUCCUCCAGACGUGACGCUUGGCAUUCGGGCCAAAGAGUUCAAUCUUGGUUUCAUCAGACCAGAGAAUCUUGUUUCUCAUGGUCUGAGUUCUUUAGGUGCCUUUUGGCAAACUCCAAGUGGGCUGUCAUGUGCCUUUUACUGAGGAGUGGCUUCCGUCUGGCCACUCUACCAUAAAGGCCUGAUUGGUAGAGUGCUGCAGAGAUGGUUGUCCUUCUGGAAGGUUCUCCCAUCUCCACAGAGGAACUCUGAAGCUCUGUCAUAAUGAACAUCGGGUUCUUGGUCACCUCUCUGACCAAGGCCCUUCUCACCCGAUUGCUCAGUUUGGUCGGGCGGCCAGCUCGAAUGAUGGGGGCCACUGGGUUCUUGGGAACCUUCAAUGCUGCAGAAAUAUUUUGGUACCCUUCCCCAGAUCUGUGCCUCGACACAAUCCUGUCUCCGAGCUCUACGGACAAUUCCUUCGACCUCAUAGCUUGGUUUUUGCUCUUACAUGCACUGUCAACUGUGGGACCUUAUAUAGACAGGUGCGUGCCUUUCUAAAUCAUGUCCAAUCAAUUGAAUUUACCACAGGUGAACUCCAAUCAAGUUGUAGAAACAUCUCAAGGAUGAUCAAUGGAAACAGGAUGCACCUGAGCUCAAUUUCGAGUCUCAUAGCAAAGGGUCUGAAUACUUAUAUAAAUAAGGUAUUUCUUUUUUUAAAUUUGUAUAAAUGUGCAAAAAUGUCUAAAAACCUGUUUUCGCUUUGUCAUUAUCGGGUAUUGUGUGUAGAUUGAUGAUAUUUCAUACAUUUUAGAAUAAGGCUCUAACGUAACAAAAUGUGUAAAAAGGGAAAGGGUGUGAAUACUUUCCGAAUGCCCUGUAAUUCCACAUCUACUGAACUAGAAUCACGUCUAACGUUUGUGUUUUUGUGUGUGGGUGUGCAUGUGUCUCUUUGUGUAUGUGUGUGUAUUUCUGUGUGUGCGUGCUUGUUUCUGUGUUUGCAUAUGUGCGUUUCUGUGUGUCUGUCUGCAGCGGCCAGUGAGAGUGACUACCCGGCGGGUGAGAUCGUGCUGGACUCUGGGGAGGGUGGUGGUGGUGAGGAGACAGGCGGGGUGGAGGGCAUGCUAGCAGGCAUCACCCUGGUGGGCUGUGCCACCAACUGUAGCGUGGUCCGCAGCAACUGCUCCUCGCGCACCGACACACCCGUACUAGACCGGGGACAAGGUGAGAACCCCAGAUAUUUAUCUACAGUGCCUUCAGAAAGUAUUCAUAUCCCUGAAUUCCAAAUGGAUUAAAUAUAUGUUUUUUCUCACCCAUCUACACACAAUAACCCAUAAUGACAAAGUGAAAACAUGUUUUUAGAAAUGUUAGCAAAUUUAUUGAAAAUGAAAUACAGAAAUAUCUCAUUUACAUAAGUAUUCACACCCCUGGGUCAAUACUUUGUAGAAGAUCCUUUAGCAGCAAUAACAGCUGUAAGUCUUUCUGGGUAAGUAUCUAAGAGCUUUUAUAUCUGUUUGGGCUUUUUGCAGUCAAUUUGCAGUCUAAAAACUAUUCAUAAUUAUGUUCCGGCCCCCUGACCAUACACUCAAGAAAAAAUCGGCCGGCGGCUGAAUCUAGUUGAUGAUCCCCGCUGUACAGGUUUACUUAUUUUUCCUCUGUCAAUUAGGUUAGUAUUCUGGAGUAACGACAAUGUUGUUGAUCCAUCCUCAGUUUUCUCCUAUCAUAGCCAUUAAACUGUAACUGUUUUAAAGUCACCAUUGGCUUCAAGGUGAAAUCCCUGAGCGGUUUCCUUCCUCUCCGGCAACUGAGUUAGGAAGGACGCCUUUGUAGUGACUGGGUGUAUUGUAAUUAAUAACUUCACCAUGCUCAAAGGGAUAUUCAAUGUCUGCUUUUUCUUUUCUUUUUUUAUCUACCAAUAGGUGCCCUUCUUUGUGAGGCAUUGGAAAACCUCCCUGCUCUUUGUGGUUGAAUCUGUGUUUGAAAUUCAAUGCUCGACUGAGGGACCUCACAGAUUGUAAUUGUAUGUGUGGGGUACAGAGAUGAGGUAGUCAUUAAAAAAUCAUGUUAAACACUAUUAUUGCACACAGAGUGAGUCCAUGCAACUUAUUGUGUGACUUGUUGAGCAAGUUACUCAUGAACAUAUUUAGGCUUGCCUUAACAAAGGGGUGUGAAUACUUUCUGAAGGCACUGUACUUUACACUGUGUAUGUGUCAUCAAGCUUGCAAUGAGAAAAUAUAGGCUUUAAUUGCGGCACAAUUCUUCUUCUUCUUCUUGUCUUUCCUCCCUGUGUCGCUGAUGUGGCUCCCCCUCUCAAUGGGAGGCUGAUUUCGGCUGAUUUCGGCUGAAUCUAGUUGGGGACCUCUGCUAUAUACAGUGAGGGAAAAAAGUAUUGGAUCCCCUGCUGAUUUUGUACGUUUGCCCACUGACAAAGACAUGAUCAGUCUAUAAUUUUGAUGGUAGGUUUAUUUGAACAGUGAGAGACAGAAUAAAUAAAUAAAAAUCCAGAAAAAUGCAUGUCAAAAAUGUUAUGAAUUGAUUUGCAUUUUAAUAAGGGAAAUAAGUAUUUGACCCCUCUGCAAAACAUGACUUAGUAUUUGGUGGCAAAACCCUUGUUGGGAAUCACAGAGGUCAGACGUUUCUUGUAGUUGGCCACCAGGUUUGCACACAUCUCAGGAGGGAUUUUGUUCCACUCCUCUUUGCAGAUCUUCUCCAAGUCAUUAAGGUUUCGAGGCUGACGUUUGGCAACUCAAACCUUCAGCUCCCUCCACAGAUUUUCUAUGGGAUUAAUGUCUGGAGACUGGCUAGGCCACUCCAGGACCUUAAUGUGCUUCUUCUUGAGCCACUCCUUUGUUGCGUUGGCCGUGUGUUUUGGGUCAUUGUCAUGCUGGAAUACCCAUCCACAACCCAUUUUCAAUGCCCUGGCUGAGGGAAGGAGGUUCUCACCCAAGAUUUGACGGUACAUGGCCCCGUCCAUCGUCCCUUUGAUGCGGUGAAGUUGUCCCCGUAGCAGAAAAACACCCCAAAGCAUAAUGUUUCCACCUCCAUGUUUGACGGUGGGGAUGGUGUUCUUGUGGUCAUUCCUCCUCCUCCAAACACGGCGAGUUGAGUUGAUACCAAAGAGCUCGAUUUUGGUCUCAUCUGACCACAACACUUUCACCCAGUUCUCCUCUGAAUCAUUCAGAUGUUCAUUGGCAAAUUUCAGACGGGCCUGUAUAUGUGCUUUCUUGAGCAAGGGAACCUUGCGGGCGCUGCAGGAUUUCAGUCCUUCACGGCGUAGUGUGUUACCAAUUGUUUUCUUGGUGACUAUGGUCCCAGCUGCCUUGAGAUCAUUGACAAGAUCCUCCCGUGUAGUUCUGGGCUGAUUCCUCACCGUUCUCAUGAUCAUUGCAACUCCACGAGGUGAGAUCUUGCAUGGAGUCACAGGCCGAGGGAGAUUGACAGUUCUUUUGUGUUUCUUCCAUUUGCGAAUAAUCGCACCAACUGUUGUCACCUUCUCACCAAGCUGCUUGGCGAUGGUCUUGUAGCCCAUUCCAGUCUUGUGUAGGUCUACAAUCUUGUCCCUGACAUCCUUGGAGAGCUCUUUGGUGGAGAGUUUGGAAUCUGAUUGAUUGAUUGCUUCUGUGGACAGGUGUCUUUUAUACAGGUAACAAGCUGAGAUUAGGAGCACUCCCUUUAAGAGUGUGCUCCUAAUCUCAGCUCGUUACCUGUAUAAAAGACACCUGGGAGUCAGAAAUCUUUCUGAUUGAGAGGGGGUCAAAUACUUAUUUCCCUCAUUAAAAUGCAAAUCAAUUUAUAACAUUUUUGACAUGCGUUUUUCUGGAUUGUUUUGUUGUUAUUUUGUCUCUCACUGUUCAAAUAAACCUACCAUUAAAAUUAUAGACUGAUCAUUUCUUUGUCAGUGGGCAAACGUACAAAAUCAGCAGGGGAUCAAAUACUUUUUUCCCUCAUUGUAUGUUGGUUUAUAUAUCCCAGCAAACACACUACCACCACUAAACGUUGUUGAUAUGUCUCUCCCUGUGUCCCUGUCCUCCCCCACCCCCAGCCCUGGUAGCUCCCCCUCUCAGUGGGAAGCUGCACCCAGCCCAGUCAGUUGAAGAGUUAUGAGUAUAGUUAAUAAGCCUUCACAUGUUUUUUAAAUUCCGAUAUGAUAUCGAUAGUAAAUAAAACAAAUUUCAACUGAUAUCGAUAGGGACUUUCCAUAUUAGUGCCAAUCUCUAGUUAAUAGGUAUAGUUGGUAUAGUUAUAGUAGUAUAUAGGGUAUAAUGUCUCUCCCUGUGUCCCUGUCGCCUCAGCCCCCAUGGCUCCACCACUCAGUGGGAAGCUGCACCCAGCCCAGUCAGCAGAGGAGGCCACAGAGGCUACAGAGGUGGCUGAGCCGGCCGCCAAAGAGACAGACGACACCUUGGGACCUCCAGGGCCCUUCAUGGAGCACGUCUUCACAGACCCCCAGCCUCCAGUGGUUGAUGCUGGCCAAUACGACCGGUAAGACACACGAUUUGACCAGAUUUUAAUUGCUAGUAGUUGUAAAGAGAGGGAAUAUUGCCAGUACAUUUUUGAAAAGUUGUCAUUAAAAAUGUUCAGUUUUAAAAAUGUUACUGAAAGUUUAUUUACAGUGAGCUCCAUAAUUCAUUGGACAGUGACUUUUUUUGUUAUUUUGGUUCUGUACUCUAGCACUUUGAGUUUGAAAGGAUACAAUGACAAUGAGGGUGAAGUGCAGACUGUCAGCUUUAAUUUGAGGGUAUUUUCAUAUAUAUCGGAUGAACUGUUUAGAAAUGAUAGCACAUUUUAUACAUGGUCCCCCCAUUUUAAGGUACUACAAGUAUUUGUUAAAUUGGCUUCACAGAUGUGUGUCGUUAGGCAGGUGUAUUCAUUUGUGUCGUUAGUGAAUGCAGGAGAGUUGUUGAUGAAUAGCAUUGAUUCUAGACUUUGCUAUUGCCUUUGGAGGUUGUUGUUGUGGUGUGACAACAUGAGGAAGACAGCAGUGUCGAUGCAAAUGAAGCUGGCCGUCAUAAGGCUCAGAAAUGAAAAUCAAUCAAUCAGGAACAUUGCAAAAACCCUGGCCAUGCCCAAGUCAACAGUUUGGUUCAUCAUUAACAAGAAAAAAACAACCGGUGAACUCAAUUAUGUCAAAAGACCCGGUAGACCGAGGAAGACCACUGUAGUGGAUGACCGGAGAAUACUCUCUAUGGUGAAGAAAACCCCCCUGACAACAGCCCAACAGAUCAAAAACACUCUCCUGGAUGCAGGUGUAGAUGUGUCAAAGUCUACCAUACGUAGAAGACAACACCAGCAGGACUACAGAGGGUACACUACAAGAUGCAAACCACUGAUAAGCCUGAAGAACAGAAAGGCGAGAUUACAGUUUGCUAAAAAGCACCUAAAAGAGCCCCAAGAGUUCUGGAAAAAAGUAUUGUGGACAGAUGAGACAAAGAUUAACAUGUACCAGAGUGAUGGAAAGAGGAAAGUGUGGAGAAAAAAAAGAAAUGCCCAUGAUCCAAAGCAUACCACCUCAUCCGUGAAACAUGGUGGAGGGGGUGUUAUGGCUUGGGCCUGUAUGGCUGCCAGUGGAACAGGCUCACUUGUCUUCAUCGAUGAUGUGACGGCAGACAGAAGUAGAACAAUGAAUUCUGAAGUCUAUAGAAAUAUUUUAUCUGCUCAGAUAAAACCAAAUGCCUCCAAACUCAUUGGACGGCACUUCAUCAUGCAACAAGACAAUGACCCUAAACAUACUGCUAGAGCAACAAAGGGGUUUUUGAUGGCCAAAAAGUGGAAAAUCCUUGACUGGCCGAGUCAAUCACCGGAUCUGAAUCCAAUUGAACAUGCAUUUUACAUGCUGAAGAGGAGACUGAAGGCAAUAAGUCCCCAAAAUAAGCAGGAACUGAAGAUGGCUGCAGUACAGGCCUGGCAGAGCAUCACCAGGGAAGAUACCCAGCGUCUGGUGAUGUCAAUGCAUCGCAGACUUCAAGCAGUCAUUGCAUGCAAAGGAUAUGCGACCAAAUAUUAACAAUGAUUACUUUAUUCUACAUUAUGUUAAACUGUCCAAUGUUUUUUGAUGCCCGAAAAAGGGGGGGACCAUGUACAAAAGCUUCUAUAAUUUCUAAACGGUUCAUCCGAUAUGUAUGAAUAUACCCUCAAAUUAAAGCUGACAGUCUGCACUUCACCCUCAUUGUCAUUGUAUCCUUUCAAACUCAAAGUGCUAGAGUACAGAACCAAAAUAACAAAAAAAUUGUCACUGUCCAAUGAAUUAUGGAGCUCACUGUACAUGCACGUUAGUUUGAUUUGAUUUAGAUUUAGUCUAACCUCUACUAUUUAAAUAAUUUAGUCAUCUCUCAAAAUUUCUGCCGAGACAAUAAAGCUAACAUGCUACAGUAGUUGGAUUUGCCACCGUGUGGACCGUGGUAGUCUCUAGUGGACUUCAAGACAAGUCUCUGUUUGUGUACCCUGUCAGGUGUGCAGGCCAGUCGAAAGAAGAGUCGAACUCCCCACCCCAGGAGACGGAGGAUGGAAGCGACGACCCCAAAGCUGACACCAGUGUCGCCCCCACCAUGUGGCUGGGAGCACAAAAUGGCUGGUGGGUAACUAAUCACUAAAUGCCUAGCUAGCGGCGGAAAUGUAAUAUUGGACAUCAUAGUGAUGUUGUUUACUGGUUGUUUUCUGGUUUUCUAAAAAGGUGAGAGAAGAAAAUCAUUUUACAACUCUUGACCACAAUGUCACAAAAAACGUCAUCAUGAUUUUUUUUUUUUUUUCGCCAACCAGUUUUGCCUGCAAAUGUCUCCCAACCCAUAACCCAUAACCCUAACCUAUAAAACCCUGUCUCUAUCUGUCCUUUACAUCCUUUCUCCAGGCUUUACGUCCAUUCGGCAGUGGCCAACUGGAAGAAGUGUCUCCACUCCAUCAAACUGAAGGACUCUGUGCUCAGUCUAGUGUAAGUCCCCCACUACUGACCACUGUCUGCUUUUAGAAUGGCCAUUUUUACCAGUCCUUGAUUUAUGUUGUAGUAAAUGGGUGCAUGUUGCUUUGUGUAAAGUUGGCUUGAUUGUCUCUGUUUCAGGCAUGUGAAGGGUCGUGUGCUUGUGGCUCUGGCAGAUGGGACACUGGCUAUCUUCCACAGAUCUGAGGGUAACAUAAACUUAACCCUAACCUACCUAGUUCUUCUGAGCUCUCACUUAUUAACCUUAACCAUUAACUGUUUGUUGUGCUCAAAAAAUGACAUUCCAUGAGAGCAACAUAGCAACAGUACUUUUUCUAAUCAUGAUUUAAAGCUUUACAUCAUUUGUUUAUGUGUGUGCAUGUGUCUGUGCGCGUGUCUGUGUGUGUGUGUGUAUCUCUGUAUCUCCAGAUGGGCAGUGGGACCUGUCUAACUACCACCUGAUGGACCUGGGUAGACCGCACCACUCUAUCCGCUGCAUGGCCAUGGUCCAUGACAAGGUGUGGUGUGGCUACAAGAACAAGAUCCACGUCAUCCAGCCCAAGAGCAUGCAGAUAGAGGUGGGUCACAGGAGGGGUAGAGGAAGUUGCAAAGUAACCUUUUCUGAGACCUGGAGACUCACGUUAGCUUCCAGACACAAUGUCAAGACAUGAGCACAGUGGGCUAACACAGUCUUGAGUCUAUCUGCAGUUAUGUCGCAGAUAGAGAUGGGUUGGGGAGAGGUCAUGUAAUGUCGCUCCACAUUGAUAAUAUUCUGAAAUAAAUCAAUGUAAAUCAAUCAACCAAUCUUCCCUUCUCCACCCUUCACCCCCCUACCCCCUCUCCCCCGUCAGAAGUCCUUUGACGCCCACCCUCGCAGGGAGAGCCAGGUGAGGCAGCUGGCGUGGAUCGGGGAUGGGGUGUGGGUGUCAAUCCGUCUGGACUCCACGCUGCGUCUCUACCACGCCCUCACACACCAGCACCUACAGGAUGUCGACAUCGAACCCUACGUCAGCAAGAUGCUGGGUAGGAAGAACCUAAGCUAAACAGCAGGAAUGGAGUCCAUUUCCAUUUCAAUUCAGUCAAUUCAGAAAGUAAACAAAAAUUCCAAUUCCAGUUUUCCUCUAAGAGAAAGAGGUAGAAUUGGAAUUGCAGUUUACUUCCUGAAUUGACUGAAUUGAAAUGGAAUUGACCCCAACCAUGCUAUCUAGCUCUGGCUAGGCUGGUUGUCCAAUAUCUGUUUGUGUUGUAUAGCCAAUUUUUAUGUUUGUUGUCAUAUCAAGACAAUUACUAUAGGAGUUGCCAAGACAGCUCAAACAGAUCAGAUCUGGGACCAGCAGGCUAAGCUUCGGCCAACUCAUUGAUAGGACACCAUAUUAUUUGACCUCACUUUAGACUAUUGAGAUGCAUCCAAUGUAUGUGUUCUCUCUCUUCUCUCUCUCGCUCGAUUGACAGGUACUGGCAAGCUGGGCUUCUCCUUUGUGCGAAUAACAGCCCUUCUGAUUGGUGGAAACCGCCUGUGGGUGGGGACUGGGAAUGGUGUGGUCAUCUCCAUACCACUGACAGAGAGUGAGUUUGAGUGGCGCGCACACAUGCUUUAACCCUACCUCUUUGAUUCCACUAUUCUGUGUUUUUGUCUGCUUCUGUAUUUUAGUUUCCCUUUCUAUACUGAACAAAAAUAUAAACGCAACAUGCAACAAUUCAAAGGUUUUACCGAGUUACAGUUCAUAUAAGGAAAUCAGUCAAUUGAAAUAAAUUCAUUAGGCCCUAAUCUAUGGAUUUCACAUGACUGGUAAUACAGAUAUGCAUCUGUUGGGGCGUGGGUCAGAAUCUGGUGUGACCAACAUUUGCCUCAUGCAGCGCGAGACAUCUCCUUCUCAUAGAGUUGAUCAGGCUGUUGAUUUGUGGCCUGUGGAAUGUUGUCCCACUCCUCUUCAAUGGCUGUGCGAAGUUGCUGGAUAUUGACGGGAACUGGAACACGCUGUCGUACACGUCAAUCCAGAGCAUCCCAAACAUGCUAAAUGGGUCACGUCUGGUGAGCAUGCAGGCCAUGGAUGAACUGGGACAUUGUCAUGCUGAAACCUGAGGUGAUGUCAGCGGAUGAAUGGCACAACAAUGGGCCUCAGUAUCUCGUCACGGUAUAUCUGUGCAUUUAAAUUUCCAUAGAUAAAAUGCAAUUGUGUUUGUUGUCCGUAGCUUAAGCCUGCCCAUACCAUAACCCCACCGCCACCAUGGGGCACUCUGUUCAUAACGUUGACAUCAGCAAACCGCUCGCCCACACAACACCAUACACGUGGUCUGCGGUUGUGAGGCCGGUUGGACGUACUGCCAAAUUCUCUAAAACGACGUUGGCGGCUUAUGGUAGAGAAAUUAACAUUACAUUCUCUGGCAACAGCUCUGGUGGAGAUUCUUGCAGUCAGCAUGCCAAUUGCACGCUCCCUCAAAACUUGAGACAUCUGUGGCAUUGUGUUGUGUGACAAAACUGCUAAUUUUAGAGUGGGCUUUUAUUGUCCCCAGCACAAGGUGCACCUGUGUAGUGAUCAUGCUGUUUAAUUAGCUUCUUGAUAUGACACACCUGUCAGGUGGAUGGAUUAUCUUGGCAAAGGAGAAAUGCUCACUAACAGGGAUGUAAACAAAUUUGUACACAACAUUUGAGAGAAAUAUGCUUUUUGUGCGUAUGGACAUUUCUGGGAUCUUUUAUUUCAGCUCAUGAAACGUGGACCCAACGCUUUACAUGUUACGUUUAUAUUUUUGUUCAGUGUAUAUCGGUCUGGUUAUUUUUCUGUCUUCUCUUAUUCCUUGAUGGCUUCUCUUAGUUUUUUCUCUUUCUCUCUUUCUUUCUCUCUAUUUUAUGGCUGGUAUCCCUUUACUUGUCCUCCCUGUCCUGAUUGUCACUCUUGUCAACUCUCUCCUCUCCUCUCCUCCCUCCCUCCCUCUCUCCUCACUCCUCCUUCUCGCCUCUCCUCCCUCCUUCCCUCCCUUAGCGGUAGUCCUUCAUCGGGGACAGCUCCUAGGUCUGAGGGGUAAGUUAGGACUCAUUCUGUCCCACAGGGAUGAUGUCACAUACAUCUGCCUGCCUGUCUUACCUCCAUCUCGCCUUUAUCGCUCUCCAACAUAGGCCUGGUUCAGUUUCAGUCCUAAGCACCCUUAUUACCCUAAUGUUCACAUAUCUGAUAGACUGGAUAGGUGUGAGUAAUAUAGUGAUUGGACAGGAGUAAGUUAUAGUAUAUGGCACUUGUAGAGAUCUGAGAGGAUUAGAUAGCCCUCCAACAGGACAAGCACAUGUUCGUUCAUAAGGCUGCCUGCCACCUAUCCAGUCAUUUUAGAUCUGUCAACCACAAAGGGGACGAGGGGCUAGGGGCCGAAAUGGAACAGGGACAGAAACAGUGGUCCGGUGGCCUGAAUCUGAUUCAGGGAAAUCACUUUUGUUCACGUGUAACUCUGCAUGCUAUCUUCAGGUGUUGUAAAGUACUGUAUAUAAUGCAUUGGCACACAUUUCGAGUAUGGUGUUAAUAUAUGUAUAUGUAGGAGUCAUAUUAGUAUGCUAUUUGUGUGAUUAAUAUGGAUCAUUUCAGUGACUUAGUCAAUAUAUUAGGUAAUGGGGUUUUGGGGAUGCCUUGUCCCUUCAUUAUUGCAUGUUGAUGGCAUGUUUUAAUAUUGCUACUAUUUCAGUAUUCAGAUUUUUUCUUUUUUACCAUCUGUAAAUUCAUAAGUGGAUGACCACAGGCUUAUUCAGUGGGUUGCCACGUACAGAGAAUUUCAGGUAGAAAUGUUAUGUAUAGAGCCAGCCGACACAGUUUCCUAUUCUGCAUGACUGAGUGGGAUGUCUGUUCUAUAUUACACAUUUCUAUUUUAAAUGCUCUGUAACGAUGUAGCCUGCCCAAUUGAUGGGUCUUAUUGGCAAGCUUGCUCUGUGUGUGCUAUUGUGAUUGAAUGAUAUCAUGCAUUAAUGUCCUUGUCCUAUUCGCUGGUCUGUCAGAUGUCAGCUGUUCUGAUUGGCUAUUGAUUCCACUCUCAUCCCGAUAGCCAAUAAGGUGUCUCCAACGUCAUCUGGCGGCGUGGCCGGGGGUGUGAUUCAUGUGUAUGCGGACGACAACCCAGAGAAAAGCAGCGGCAGCUUCAUCCCAUACUGCUCCAUGGCCCAGGCUCAGCUCUGUUUCCAUGGACACAGAGAUGCCGUCAAGUUCUUUGUCUCUGUGCCAGGUCAGUUAGUAAUCAUAAUUUGAUUUGAUAAACGCAUUAAAUCAAAUGUGUAGUUCUUGACUAACUAAACAAGUAUUAUACCUACUGUCAAUACUCUCAACUUGAUGUAUUUGAAGACUGUGAGGAUGGACGAGGUUGUCAACUGGGCACUAAAAUGCAAAAGUGGUUCACAGUGUUUAAUUUGUGGGUAUCUAUUGGUAAGGUCCUUUAGUACUAUGUGACAACUGCUGAUGUAAAAAGGGCGUUAUAAAUACAAUUGAUUGACUAAUCUGUUUCUCAUUACCUGUUUAAAAAAAAAAAUAUAUAUAUAUAUAAUAUUUAAUUUUAUUUUUCUGUUUUUCUGUCAGGCAACGUGUUGGCCACCCUAAAUGGUAGUGUGCUGGACAGCCCGUCAGAGGGUCAGGGGUCCUCGGCACAGCCGGAGGCUGAGGCUCAGAGCGUACACAACGUCCUGGUGCUGAGUGGAGGGGAGGGCUACAUCGACUUCCGCAUCGGUGAGGAAAAUCACACACUCACUCAGUCACGCAUGCACACACACACUGCCAUAUACACCCAAGUCAAUGUGGCGCUCUUUUGAAUUACUACUACUUGUCUCCAGAUUCUCUACCCUUCUGCCCUAGUUGUGCACUUGUUCAUUUCACUUUAUGGAUUUAAAAUACCAAUCCAAUGCUUUUAUGUGUGGAUGUGCAGAAACACUUCAGUACAAAGGUGACAGACACCGUUCAUGUUCAUGUUCAUGCUGACUGACUCUCACUUCAUCUGUGUGUCAGGUGAUGGCGAGGACGACGAGACAGAGGAAGGGGAGGUGCCGGGGGGCGCCCCGCAGAUGAAGCCUGCCGUGUGCAAAGCCGAGCGGAGCCAUAUUAUCGUGUGGCAGGUGUCCUACGUCCCCGAGUGA